AUGCUGGACCUUGUUUCACAGUCCAUAGUCAGUUCAUACUACAGGUAUGCGGUAGAGCAUUUGCUUUGAGUGUAGAAGGUCCCAAGUUUCACCCUCAACAUCUUAAGGUCGGACUUUGAAAGACUUCCUGCCUGAAACACUGGAAAGCCACUGUCAGGGCUUAUCCAUACUUACUUUUCUGAAUCAGAGUGAACAUCAACCCAUGGAAAACCCAAAUUGACGUUUUCUCCAAUUCAGCUUUAAAGAGCAGGGGAAAGCUCAGGGCAACAAAUAUAUGAAAAAUAAAAUAAAAUUGCUUGGACGUGGAGCAUUUUAGCUCAGACCUCUGCCUGGGCAGGGCAGGGCAAAAGUCAAUGUGUGGCUAAACCCCCAGUAGAUAACGCUGAACUAUGCGACACUGUUUUAAGGCAGCUUCCGAUGUUCCUUGCUGGCUGCACCUAUUGGGCCUUGUUGGAAACUGCAGAAGGGUUCAGGUUCUCAGGUCGUGUUUGCAGAAUUCCCAAAGCCACCUGGUUGGUCACUGUGAGAAAAGGAUGCAGGACCAGGUGGGCCUUUGGCCUGAUUCAACAGGCUUUUCUUAAGUUCUUACGUGCCUAUAAAAUGUGUUGAAAUAUCAGCUGUCACAGAGAAGUAUGAAAUGCAUGCUCGGCUCUUAGGCUUUAAAGGAAAGGCCUUUGUGAUUCUUUAAACAGCUUCAUUCUUUCAGUAGGAUUAAAUGGAUGAAACUAUUCCUUCAUAAUUUACAUCACUCCGUGAUUCUUUUCUCUCUUUUUAGUUUAGUUGGUUAAAUGUUUGAAAAUGCUCCCAAAAUUAUUCAGACCAUGAGUGAUUUACCACAUCACAGAAUGCUAAGUUUUGUUUUUUAAAACAUAUUACAGUGGUAAUAUGUUAGUUGGAGAGGUAAUAAAAUGUAGGGAAGAAAGCAUGAAUUAUAUUUGUGUAAGGCAUAGCUGGAAAAUGAAAAGUAAAAUACACAAAUUUCAGCAUCCGUUCUCUCCACUUCUUGUCUGUCCUUGUUCUGGACAACACUUUGCUCUUUCCCAAAGAAUCUAAACAAACAAAAGAUCUCACAAUGUAGGGAUACAGUGGUACCUCUGGUUAUGAACUUAAUUCGUUCCGGAGGUCCGUUCUUAACCUGAAACCGUUCUUAUCCUGAGGUGUGCUUUUGCUAAUGGGGCCUCCCACUCCGGCGCACGAUUUCUGUUCGCAUCCUGGGGCAAAGUUCACAACCAGGAGCAGCUACUUCCAGGUAAGCGGAGUUCAUAACCUGAAGCGUUUGUAACCAGAGGUACCACUGUACACAUUUCUUAGCUGAUACAGGCAGUAGAUAAAGACAGCAUGUGCUGAUCGUUCUUGCAGUGGAUCAGCUGCUCAAGUAUGGCAUUUUGAGGGAAAAAACACAAGUCUCUAUUAAAUAGACUGCCACAGUGCUGAGUCACUGUAUUGAUUAGUGCAGUUUCACUGGGGAAAAUAUCCCUUGCAUAAUGACUUCAAAACAAGGCAGUACUAAAACACUGACCUUAUUUGGUUUGCUUAGUCUCCCCAACAUAGUCUGCAGGAUUUAUUUGCUUUGUGAUCUGUGUGUUGUUCUUUACACAGAAGAUUGAUGCAGCCAGGUUGGUAAUAUUUCCACCUUAGGGCACCCAUAGUCUUGUUUCCCCCACUGUUGCAAUAAGACUUACAAUAAACAUGGUUUAUUCUGGCACAAGAGGGAAGGAAAUUUGCAGGAAAGAUAAAAGUGUAUUUAGGUUGGGGAGCAUUUAGGUUCUGGUUUAGUCACCACUCAAUAUUCACUCAGCAGAGCUGGAUGAAGAGUUCUGCCAAAGAAAUUUUAACCCAGUCGUGCACAUCAGUUCUGGGGUUUGUAAUUUCUCAUCUUCUGUCCAUUUCUGUUAGUUACAAAAGAGGACAGCCAGAGCUGUAGGGUGAAAAUAUGUCAGGUAUUGCGCAAGAGAUGGCUGAAAACAGGCACAUGUGUCGUACUUUAUUUUUUUUUUUUAAUUUUAAGUUAUUUUAAGUAGCAGGCAUAGAAAAACAAACUGAUAGAAUAAGCAAUUAAGGUUAAUGAAAAAUACCUGUAGCAGUUAACUGCCAAGCUGUUAUUUCUUUUCAUAUGCAAAUAUAACUGAAGGUUGUUGUAGAUACCGAAGGAAUAAAUCUUUUCAAUGAUCCUGUAAGCAAAGUAACAUUUUAUGAUUGAAGAUCAGACCAACAGCUCCCAUGGUUUUCCAUGGGAUGUAGAGAAAUGUCUGUGUGUCUUAUGCAGCACACAGAACUGGCCAAACUUCAGUGGGAUGGUGCCUUGAAUUUUAUAGGCCAAGCUCUUGUGCAGGUGGUUUCAUGGAGUAAGCUUUUGGCUAGGACUAUAAAAUAUGUGGAAUAGUAUCCACCUUGAAGGACUGACUCAUAACCAUUACCAGAGGCUAGCAAGAGGCACCUGAACAACUGAUCAUACUGAACUGUUCUGUGUUUUCAGGAUCUUAUAUCUGGUAAAAUAUACCUUGUGCUCUCGCCAAGCAGUGGCCUAGGUGUAGAGGGACCCUGAGUUUUCUUUGCAUAAGUAACCUGUUUGUGAUGGUUCCAGCACAGGUUUCAUCAUACCCUGUUAGAAGGCAUAACUAAGCAGCUGCAUGCUUGGAACAAUGGAGAAAAGACUAUAGGUAUCUGCAGUCCUCAGGAAUUGGAUCUGAGUGCCAGUGGAACAGCAUGCCUGGUGCCUGGGCCUUCCCCAACUGCCUUCUGUGGGUCUGCCUUAGCUUUGACCUGGGUCAUGUUGUAAAAUUGCCGUAUUUUUCGCCCCAUAGGAUGCACCGCCCCAUAGGACGCACCUAGUUUUUUUGGGGGGGGCGAAAUAAAGGGGGAAAAAAUUAUUUCCCCCCCCCAGGCACGGGGCUGGCGCGGGGAAAGCCCGAGCUUCCCCCGACCCCAGCCCCCAGAAGAGGCUGCUGUCUGCAAGCCUUGCGAGCCCGGCGGGACCUCCUGCCGGGCGCUCAAGGUUUGCGGACACCUUCCCGAAGCACGGGGUAUCCUCCAGAGGGCACCCCAUGCUUCGGGCUGCAGGCUGCCGCCCCAAGCCUCUCGUGCCUGGCGGGACCUCCCGCCGGGCGCGGGAGGCUUGCGGACACCUUCCCGAAGCACGGGGCGUCCUCCGGAGGGCACCCCAUGCUUCGGGCUGCAGGCUGCCGCCCCAAGCCUCUCGCGACUGGCGGGACCUCCCGCCGGGCACGGGAGGCUUGCGGACACCUUCCCGAAGCACGGGGUGUCCUCCGGAGGGCACCCCGUGCUUCAGGAUGGAGGCUGCCGCCCCAAGCCUCGCACGCCUGCGGGAACUCCCCCGGGCUCGCAAGGCUUGCGGAUAGCUUCCUGAAGCCUGGAGAGCGAGAGGGGUUGGUGCGCACCGAUGCCUCUUGCUCUCCAGGCUUCAGGGAAAGCCUGCAUUCGCCCCAUACGACGCACACACAUUUCCCCUUAAUUUUUGGAGGGGAAAAAGUGCGUCCUCUAGGCUGAGAAAGACAGUACUAGCUUUCAUAAGCUUACAAGAUUCAGAAGCUUACAUGUUUCAAGAUUCUUAGUCGUGCUGGGAAAGUCUUGAAAAUAAAGCAAGCAAAUUAGAUUGUCAAAUACAGACUUGGAGAUUAUUAGCUCACAAGAAGUAAUGCUUAAAAUGCUGGGAAAUUGUGCUAUACUUGACAGUGUUUAAAUCAUGUUAUAAGUAUGUGAAUAACAAAAUGGAGUGGUAUGGAUAAAAUGUGUGUUAAAGCAGGAAAAUGAAAGUUGCUGUAGGAGUCGAGACUCCAUUUACCCUUUCCUAGUUUGCUGCUGAAACCUUUAAUUGUUUUUCUUAUCAGUAAUUCAUCUUACACUACAUCUCUGUAGAUAGAGUAGACAUCAAGAAAAAGGGGGAAAACAACUUUUAUAAGCCUUUGUCACUUUGCAACUGUAUUUGGUUGUAAAACAAUAAUUCUGUCUAAAAUAAUAAGAAGUUGGUUACAAAUUCUUGAGCAUAUUUCUGUUCUCUGCUGGCAGGCAGAUUUCUAAUUUUUGCCCUUCUCUUUAUCUAUGGUUGCCUUCAUCUUUGUAGCAAAGCUGUAGGCAUUUGCUAAAGUGAAGCCUUUCUUCCUGAGAAAAGUGAGACUUGAAGGACUGACCUUAUUGUAAUUUGUAUUCACUUGAAAUGACACAUCUUUCUUCUCGUGGAGUAAAGUCUUGUCUUGGGAGAAGAACGUAUGAAAUACUCAUUUUAAAAAGCCAAAAGGUUCCUGUGUUGGACCUGAGGUUAUAAUGAUCUUUAAAACAGACAAAGAGUCUUCAGUGCUUUGUGUACAUUUAUUAAAAUUCUCUCCACAAAGAUAGUUUCAAGUAAGAAUACUUACCAAGGUGCUUUUUGUUUCUGUUGUUAGCAAAUACUGAUUAUAGUGAUCAUGAAAUCUUCCUUUUUCCAUAUUGUGAGAUGAUACUUGUCAGAAAGUAGAGGUACUUGGGAUGAUGAGUGCUGGAAGGAUGUAAUUAACAAAUAGUUAGGUACUUUAUUAAUUUACCACAUGGUGAGCUCUAUGCCCUUGUUGCAUGGAGUUGUGAUAUUUUUCUGCUGGGUUUCAAAUUCAUUUUGGUAGGCUCCGAAAGGAUCUCAACAAUGAUGAUUGUAUCCUUGUUACACAUUUUAUAUUUUCAGAAUGUUUUCAUUGGUGAAGAUGGGUGACCUCAAAAGAGCACAGCUUGACUUUUAGAAGCCAUGCUGAGUUUGCAGAGCUAGUAGUUAGGAAAAUAAUAUCUUUGUCCUGUAAAUGAAGCAAGUUCACUUGGGUAGUCAUUGAUUUUCCAUAUUUUUUUCAUUUCAAAUUUUGCAGUCAUUCCAUAUAGUAGAAAUAUAAUUAAAGAUAUUAAGGAAUAAUAUAAGUCUUUAUAAUUUAUUUGAAUAAACUGGCAUGGGAUAUAAAACAUAGUUUAAUUAGGGUAUAAAUCAGUUCAUCACUUCCCACAGCCAAAGGAAGUUCUGAAGCAACUUACAAAAUAAAAAAAAAAAUACUGCCUGGUAGCUGCAUUUACCUGAAAUUACCUGAAAUUACCUGAAAUUAGAAGCCUUUGUUUAGGUAAUAGUACCGUAUAUUCUUUUCCCCCAAGAAAACAUCUAUGCAAAAUGGUUUACAACUAACUGCGCCUAAAAUUAUAUAUAAAAGAUAUAUAAAAGGGGGGCAUCAUUUCAUAUUUUAUCAGAAUAAAACCAGAGAAACUAUAAUGAGGUCCAAGAGGCAAAUAACUGCUUAUGUACAGAUUUACACGUUGCUCUUUUGGACUGUUGUGUGAGCACUACAGUAGUGUCUUAUUUUUGCUUGCACCAUGCUGAGUGAUUGGCUCAUUACUGAGUGGCUUGUUUGUACUGUGCUGGGGUGAGAAGCUCUGCUUUUGAAAGCAUCAUAAGCAGGCUUGUCUGUGAGAUAAGCUGCUAUAGCUUUGUGCCAUCCAGCUGGGCUGAAAGUUGGCAUAAUUAUUAUAGAGGAUACUUAAUUUGUUUUGAUUAGCUUAAUAGGGUAAUGAUACCAAUCCAUAAGAGUUUAGCACCAUUUUAGUUCAAAAUACAUCAUCAUCAUCAUUAUUAUGAAGAAGAAGGGCUUCACCCAUUGUUACAGAAAUGAGCAACUUUCUUGCUUCACAGAUUACACAGUAUAUGGACCUGGCUGCUUUAAAUUGUCUGCCAAGAUUUAUGCUGGUCCUGAAGAAUGACUUGAUGAUGUGUUAGGACUAGGGAUGAACAGAUCCAUCCAAUUCCAUCAUAUGCUGGUUUCAGAUUAUUGUCAUAAGAAUUGAGUUUCUCAUUAUUACUUUUUUUUGCUUCUGUAGGAACAAUUUCGUAUUCAUGAUACGACUCAUAUUAAGUUGAUCAGUCUGACUGAAUUUUGUAAACGUCUCUGAAAAUGUAUUCUCUUAUUUUUCCUUACACAGAGAGAGAGAGAAAUAGAAAGAGAGUGAGAGCAAUAACAUUUGUGUGUAUGUAUCUGUUCGCAAAGUGUUGCAAAUACAUGUGACUGUUUUUUUUGUUUUGUUUCAUUAUGUAUUCACAACUUGUUUUUUUUUCUGUUGUGAACCACCCUGGGAUCUUCGGAAGGGCAGUAUGAAAAUUUAAUUAAUUAAUUAAUUAAUAAUAUGAUUGCCUUUCUGAUUCAAAUUGCAAACUGCAAAUGGAAAAUCCAAAGGCUCUUCUUUUAGAUGAACCUGAAAGAAGAGAAAUUGAAUUUCUUACAAUUAACUUUGAUUAUGGUUUCCUUGAGAGUCUGUCAAGUUAUGUCAUUUAUACAAUGGUAAAAUGUUUGUGUGACUCCCGUUACAAAACUGAAAUAUUAUGUUUCAUUUUCAAGUAUACAAAAUAGAGUUGGUCGUUCAGCCCCUAAAGCGAUCAUUCUCUUCAAGGGUAGGCAGUGUUUUUGAGGGAAGACAGUUAAGAUGUGGGUUGCACCGUGGUGAGAAGCUAUUCCAAGAAUUACUUACAAGCACAGCCUUGGGCAUGUCCUGGUGUGUGUGUCUUAGAGCCCAUUGAUGUUAUAUUUGCUAUUAUCAACAUGCAUGGUGAUAGUGUAAGAAUAGGUGCUCCAUGGAAGGUUGCUGAGCUCGUAAAUCUCUAUAACGUUUUUGUUUUUGUGGCUUUUGCCUGUAUUCACAGGGAGUUGUUGAACAUAUUAUCAUUUUAAAGGGCAGCCAUACCAACCUUUUUAAAAUACCUGCUAAAACCAUUAAAAAGUGAUUUUAAUGAAUUUCUCAUGCAGCCUCUUGUUUCCUCCCUGCCCCUGAUUUUUUAUUUUAACUGCUUUGGAAGUUUGAGACACCUUCUCGAACAGUGUGGGAGGUGGCAUGGUGGAUUGUAAGGGGAAAUGGGAACUGGCAGUAAUUCUAUUGGAAGCCUCUACUAGAUCAAAGUCCCUUCCAGAAGUGGAAGAAGCCCAUCUGUGAAAGGACAAAUUCAGAUCCAACCCCAAAGAUGUAGAACUUCCCUAAGUGGCAUGUUCUUGUUGAAAACUGCAGUGUGUAAAAAUUGCUUGCGCAAAGUGGGCCUUUUUCUAUUGCUUUAGAAUAGCUUUUGAAAGAUGACCAUUUUCUAUGGAACAGUCUUUUGUCUUCCAAAAUACAUCUGUUUGCUAGGCUUCCAUAUACUGGGGCUACCAUAUGGCUGGUUUUACCAGACACAUCCAGGAAUCGGGCUACAAAAAUGGCGUCCAGGCAGAAAAUCUGGAUGUAUGGCAAGUAGGGUAUUUUUUUAUUUUAAAAAAUACUUUAAAAAUCCAAAACACACACACACCCCAACAACCUUUCUCUGUGCACCCUUUGUAAAGGGGAGGGUGUGUUCUCAGCAAAUAGGUUUGUCCAGAAACAACACAUCUACUUACCCAGGAACCAUGAUAUUUAUUUAGUUUAUUUAUGCAGAAAAAUUGUGUGCCUCUUAGCAUUUUUGGUAAACAUCCCUAACUGGCCUAUGGAAAUCUUAAAAUCAAAAGACAACAAAAUAAUACAGAUGAAGACUGGAACACAUUAAACUGCAUUGUUAAAGCUCUGUAAUUUAAAACAGCAAUUCAACAACGGAACAGGGAAACUGUCAAGCCUCCAAACAGGCCUGUUAAACAACUGAGUUUUAGAGAAAUGUUUGAUGGAAUUGAAGGAUAAAGUUUCAAUCUGUCCACCAGCACCCUUAAAACAAAGUUAUGCUGUCACUUGACUUGACUGCUUGGCAGUUGAUUACCUCGAAAAUAAGAGCUUGAAUGCCCCGACAAUACGUGAAAAUGGGCGUUCCUAGUAAAAAAAAAAAGGUGGCUGGUCCCAUGCAAACAUAGUGUCAUUCCCAUAAACCCUCAUUUUCAAUUUGCUUGGAUUACUGAACAGUGAUUGUCGUUUUAUUUGAAAUAAGGAUGGUGAGAUUUGUUGCCCUUGGAUGUUCUGAGAACUCCAGCCUCCAACAUCUCCAGCCAGGCAUGAUGGGAGUUGCAGACCAACAACCUAUGGAGACCUAUAAGUUCCUCAUUUAUGGGUUAGACUAAAAAGAAAGGGAUGGGGAUAACCCUUGGCCACACUGCCACCUUGUCGACUAUAAAGAACCCUCUACAUGAAAGUCAUAGCUCUCCUCAUCACCCCGUCCCCAACAUCCUCCUACUUUCAUGGGAGAUGAAUGCUCCUGUAAAAUAAUGUGUUGCGUUCUGCCCUGGUUAAAGGAAUCAACAUUUUUUAAUUUAUACAAAGACUGUAAGCAUGUCUCCUCUGAUACUAAGCCUGCUUACCAUUUUUCUAUUAGAUAACAUUUAAAAACACAUCUCUUUAGCAUGUCUAUUUUAGCCUUCACUAAAACGAAUGUUAGAAUGUAGUAAUUCAAUCACUGACAUAAUUAGUUCUGUAACCUUUCAUGCAUUCAAAGGCAAGCCUUCUCCAGUCACUUCUUAAUUCCCUAAGUAGCUAUAUGACUUCAGGUAUCUUCAGUUACAUCGUCUGCAUACUUGCUAGUAUUUUUGUGUGACGUUACCUUCAUUAACCUUGGGGGAUAGUGGAAGUGUCACCUGAGCAAGCUAGGUCAGAGAUCUCCAAAGUAUUUGGGGCUCACAAAGUCACAGCUGUGUUACCUGCUCUGUACUAAUUAAGAGUUACCAUGAAUCUGUCUGACAAUUAAGGACAGAAUGAACUUUAGUGGAGAUAGGCACUAUGGGACAGUAAACAGUUCUAAAGCAAGCAAAAAGUCAGCACAGGAAAUACUGCUGACAGCAUGGACUUUGUUUUAAUGCUAUGCAGAGUAAAAUGCCUGAAAUAAGUGUCUAAAUUGGGUAUUCCAUCAUUAUUGCAGGAAUAAGUAUCCAGAAAUGGCAUUGUCAAAGCCUUGUAUCACCAAGACAAAUUUUUCUCUAUAAAGAUGCUUAUCUCAUGCAAAGUAGAUGAACAAGAGAGAUUAAGGGAGAGGGAAGUUCUUGGGCAAGUAGCAAUUCCAAUCUGUCUUCUGUCGGCCAUGGCCUUUGUAGUUACUGUAUUAACAACUCAGUCUUCAUAUGAUUAAUAUCUUAGUUAAGCUUAUUAUGAAUCAUUUAUUAUUAUCAUUAACUUUAUUAUUGUUAUGAUACAUAAUGAUAUAAAAGCCUUUUUUAAUUAUACAUUCUAAACUCUCCCCGCUCCCAUUGAAGCAUGUAGUCCUAAUAAAAGCAUUAUGUGUGAAGUUGUUGGGUUUAUCCUCUCUUUUUCUCUCCCAUGGCUCUCAUGGCUGUAGCAAUAGCAGUGAAGAGCCCCCACCCCAUGAUAACCCCUCCAAACAGGAAAUUCGUUAUUUAAGCUUUACAUGUUGCGCCCUUGGUGCUUUGGGUGGUGGUUGCAGCAGUGAAGGUAUAGAAGUAUGUGCCAUUCUUACAUUCGGGCACAAACCCACAGGUAUCUCUAGCAAAUUAGCUGCCACAUUCCUGGUUGUGCAGAUGCUGCAGGAAGUAAGUGUGUGUGUGUUUGUGUACAGAUACAGCCAUGUAUUUGUGUCUGUCUAGUAGUCAGGGUUAAGUGAGGGAGCGGGAGAUGUUGCUGACUGAAGUGGUAGCAACAGCUAUGGCAUGAGACGCAUCAUUCCAGUGGCGUUGUGCAUAGUUUCAUAUUACAACAGUUGCUGUUGGGGUUUUUUUGGGUGGUGGUGGGGAGGCUUAAUAAGUAAGUGAGGUGGAUUUGUUAACAAGAAAAGAGCUUCAGUACUGUUUGCAUGUGUGAGGCCAUUUGAAAUGCACCAGAAUUAAUGCUACCUUGUUUAUCUUCUGCCCUGGAAAGGAGAAGAAAAAGAGACAGUUUGAUGUCUAAAUGAAGUAAUCUUCAGAAACAAAAAGAUUAUAUUUGUUAAACUGUGUGUGGGGGGGGAGUCAAAAGAUAAUAUGGCUUUGUUCACAGUAUUACAUAAAGAAGAUUAAAGACGGGAAACAAGCUGCUUAAACACUGUAAACUAAUUAGUUCGAUGAAUUGUUUUCCCGAGGUUCAUGAGAUAUGAAACAUUGGCACCAGUGCGUGAAAUACACUCUGCCUCAGUGCUCUUUUCAAUUUAUUUUUCUGUUAGUGUCAUACCUAUAUAAAAAGAAAGCAACCAAAAAGAAAGAGGUUACAGAAGGGAGACCAAAGCCUGGCAUAUGAUUGAAGCUGACAUUUUGUCAUUUUAAACCUGGUGCGGGAGGACCUUCCUGUAAUACCCUUGUAUAAAUACCAGCUUCAUUUUCUGCCAUCACCAGCUAUAUUGUAAAAAUGAUGUCAUGACAAGACCCAAAGGAAUUCCUUUUGUUGCUCAGAGCCACUUUGGCAGCUCUGAGUUAAACUAAUCAUGAGCGAGCUGACGCAUUAUUAAUUAGUUUGCCCAGUAUCAAGGUAUUUAGAGAGGAAGGGGAGGGAGAGUCUGCAUGGCAAGAAAACAGGGGCAGGUGUUUGGCACAGAAAACUUUGUGUAUGUUCUGUUGUUUUCUUCCUUUUAAACUGAUGCAUUCACCAACUGAUGUGGCAACAAGUGGAUAGAUCCAAGGCUGUUUAUCACUGGCUGUGUCUGGGCAAUCGUGUCUCAUCUUAAUAGGCCAAAAUAUAAAUGAGCCUGUUGCACCCGGUUUGCUCCUCAUUUGUGCAAGCAAGGAAACAAACAAACCACAGUUGACUACAGUUUUCCAGGAUGUCUGAAGUAGGAAACUGUGGUUAAUGGUUCACAAACAAGCCAGCAUAAGAAGCCAUGGUUGAAAGCUUAUAGAUUCCGAUGUAACAGCAGGUAAUAACCAACUAUAAAGGAGAAGCAAAGCAGCUGCAUGCGGAUACAUGAGACUUGUUCAUAUCUCUGCUUAUUAAGCCAAGAUGUGGUGGUCCAGACAUGGCCACUGUAUGUUAAACGAUUGGCCACUGCAACACUACAGCUGAAGGUCCAGUCCCUGUAUUUUAGUAGCUCUGCUAAAUAACCUGAAAACUUACAUUGCAUCAGUUUGUUUGCAUGCAUUAUUUCUCUACUGCAUGCAAUGUUUAUAACUGUGUAUAAACAUCGGAACAUAAAAGACCCAGUGUGGUCCUCACCAGUUUGAAUGAAUGAUGCUGGCAAUAUUACAAUAAACUAAAUACAGGGUCUACCCAAGGCAUUUUGUUGGGACAAGAUAGAACCCCCUCAACCCCCCGCAAAGACACAUAUAGCAUCUGAGCAGACUGGCAGCUGAAUCUUACUUCAACAAUGGCAACAGGAUAGCAUCCUUCUCUGCACCUGAGAACUGCAAGCUACCUUUGGAGGUGCAGGACAUGCUGGCUUAGGGAGAAUGGGGGAUUGUUGCUAAUAUAAUUGAAUGGAUGUCCACACCAUCUUUAGUUGCGCUGAAGCCAUAUGAGAGCAACAGGGAUAAGAAUAUGCCAAAGAGAGUUGGGGCAAGAAAACCACUUUUCAUACUGGAUGAGCCGUCAUACUGCACAGUGCCACACAUGUUCUCUUGGAAGGACACAUCUUGUGGAGAUUAGGUGUGUUUGAGCAGUGUGAAGAGUUCUUUUUGGCUGAUGAGGUCAAUGGACUUUGUCAGGUCUGUGAAGGCAAUGUACAAGGGGUGUCUCUGUUCUCACCAUUUCUGCUGCAGCUUGAUGCAGUGAGAAGAUCAUGUUGACCGCUGACCUCUGAGCUUAUAAAGCAGGGUUCAGGCUCAGGAUAGACCCUGUCAGUGAGUGGCUGCAGUCUGUUGAGAACCACAUGGGCAAAGUCUUUCCCCACAAUACUCAGCAGAGAGAUCCCAUGGUAUUUGCUGCAGUCAUGGUGGUCACCUUUGUUCUUGUAGAGGAUCAGAGUGAUGGAGUAAUGUAUGUCUUCUGGUAUGAAUCCUUGUUCACAACACAAGGAGGUCUGACUAGAGGGAGGAAUAUCAUGGAAGACUCCCCCCCCCAAAAAAACCUUUUAAACCUCUUACAAAGCAGCUGAAGAAGUCUCAUGUGCUAGGGAUUCUGUUUCCAGCUAUACCUUCAUCUCUUCAGGCACAUGGAUUAAUUCAUAUGCAUUAAAUGUUUCCUUAAAAUGCCAAAAAUAUUUUAAUCUGUUUUAAAAUAUGUAUGUGCCAAACAUAAAUAUUUAUAUUCUACUGAUUUGUGUGUAUGUACACGUGUGCAUAUGUGAGGGAUAGUUAAAAUCAUUAAUUGGCAAAUUACUAAUAGUGUAUGCUUAUAAUUUCUCCUGUGGAGCAUUAAGUUUUUUAAAAAGAAACAAACCAAUGAUUGAAAAAGCCCUAGGAUAGUAGGGAAGCCAGGAACACAAUAAUGAGAGGAACUGCUUUUCAAUGUAAAUUAAUUUGGUAUUUCCUAGCAUACUAAUGUUCCAUUCCAUUAGGGCAAUGACAAACAUACAUAUAUAUAUAUCCUGACUAUGGUCUUGAACACCAAUGGCUCUGACUUCAGUGGUUGCGCAGGAUCAGUGGAGAGAUCCAAUAAUGUCUUAAAAUUAGAUGUUGUAGAAAGUUUCAGCACAGACUACCCAUAAGAGCACAUUCCUUGCCAUCACCACCCAAACUUUGCAAUUCAAACAAAAGGUGGUGCUGAACUAUUUGCCUCUCCAUUUUGUUCCUUCCUGUUUGCUUUGUAGUGCUGCUAUAACUUGUUUUGUUUUUUGCUGGUGUUCACUGUCUACAUUUUGUGUUCUUUUCCAAAGGAGUGCAACUAACUCAUUUCCCAUUUCAAUUAUGGUUAACACAUCUGCAAUCAUACAGGGCAAACUCACCCCAGAAAUUAUUUGUCUUAAAUGUUAAGAAUUAUUUUUUUGUCCUAUUUUUGCCUGCUGAAGCCAGCUUGAUUCAAGGGUUGUUUUAGAAUUGUUAUUUCUUAGUAGUCUGCUCAGCAUUACUUACCAAAACCAUGUGAUAAUUAGCACCAGAAUGGGAAGAAUCAGCCGAUUUCCUGGCCUAUUUUACUGUAUUUGCUUGCCUUUAUUUCCUAUGAUUACGGAUGGCUUAUUUAUUUAAUUGCCGUACCAUAAAAGCAGUUUUCUUCAUCUCUGGUGCACAAGAUACCAAGUUAAAGAGACUGUUAAUGCACUGUUGGUCUGACCAUAAAAAGCAAUGUACUUUAAAUACUAGUGUUAGUAGAAUAAAUGCCUCCCUUUUAUUACCUCUCCUCUGUAUAUUUUUACUUCCUUCUGAUAAAGAAUUACAUAAUCCCGAGUGCUCUUCCUCCAUGAGUUUGGCUGCUGAGAAUUCUGUCUGGUAUAAUCUUGUACAUGGUGUGGAAAGCAGUUUGUCAUUUCAAAAUAUGACAGUGAGCGACUUACAUCUGAUUACUGAAAUCCAUAGUAUUCAAGUGACAUGUCCUGUUUGUUUUUCUAUCCACAGACAUUUUUCUUAGCAGUUUUAUGUCUUAUGGGGUGCCAUUUAAAGUGUUGCCGUUUUCAUUUUCUGGCCAGUAAACCUGAAAAUAAAAGCUGUUACUAUAUAAUGUCGUUUUAAAAUAGUUCUUAGCACGUGAAAAUAUAUGUCCAAGUGUGGUCAAGUCUUCUUUAAAAAAAAUCUCAGUGAGCGUAAGAAGGUAUAGCUAUCUAAAUGUGAAUAUCUCAUUUCAAAUGCUGACUAAUGAAGAAUGAUUCACAGUAGCACUGACAAAGUUAAUGGAGGAAUAAAACCCUAGUCCUUUCCCCAAAAAUAAUUAGAUACUAAGGGACCUAUGUUGUUUCCAGAAGGAAGCCCAUGUGACUCUGCCUAUUUAUUAAGACUGAUGAACUCUUGUUAGCCUGUUUACUCUUUCCCUCUUGUAUUAUCCGCACUCCCCACUCCAGAUUUACAAGCUGUGCAUAAACUACAUUUUUUAUGUGCUCUCUGUAUUAUAUAUAUUUUCUAUCUGUUUUUUAUGACUUUUUUCCACAACAUUUAUUGACAAUCUGAAUCUAACAAAUCCUAAACUACUUAAUGGGUUCUGGCUGCAUCCAGUAUGUGGCCUGAAUAUUUUCCCCCCUCAGACAUCUGUGAGGAUAGCUUCUGAAAUUUACAAAACCUUUGUGUGUAAUCCCACAGCCGGACCUGCACAUUAGAAAUCUCAACCAGUAUUUGUUUGCUGCUAAUUACUCCAUGUAAACCUGUGGGAACAGAUUCUCUAUUAAUGAAUUUGAGCAAGCAGUUAGAAUUCUUUGCAUAAAUUUUAAGGAAAUUACUAGACUGGUUGUUUAGACUCUCCCCCCCCCCCACUCUUCCCCCUCCCCUGUUACAGCCAGGUCUUCAUAUCCUGCACAGUCACGCUGCUGCUGGUGUUAUUUUAUUCAUCAUUAAUUAGGGAGAAAAAGGAGCUAAGAAAUAAGAAAUCUUAUUUGGCACCACUGCGUAACAGAAACAGCUGUGUAAUGUAGCAUCAGUGGGUUAUUAAAUAUGACAUAAUGAGUAGUAUUUCUAUCAUGGCAUUAUCUGUCAUAGCUUUUGUCAGGCAAUUUUUUUCCAAGGUUUGAAAUCUUUCUCAUGUAUUUUUCACUGGGUAUCAUUUAAAAUGUCCAGAAAUCCCACUGCAACCAAUCAGUUUGUCUUCUUCUAAAUACCUUCCUUUGAUUGAUGGCUUGUUAGGCAAAGUUAGGAAGCCACAGGGAACUCAAUUACUUUACUAUGUGAUGCAACAAUAGUUUGACCCAGGUAAUAUUGGUUAGCUGUAUUUGUGACAUACUUCGGGGUGGGGGGAGUCACAGAUUUUUACCAUAAGCCUAACCUGAAAGAAUUUGAUGCAAACAUUCAGUGCAAUCCAGUAGAACAUGUUGGUGUCUAAUCAUAUCUUAUUGUGAAGCAUCUGGUAUAUUAUGUAUAUUCUAAACAUAUAUUGCCAUCUGCUAUGUUGAUGCAGUUCUGGGCAAUGUUUUAAACUCUGAUCCAGUGUUUGCAAAAACUCUGAAUGUUAUAAAAGCAGAAGCAGUGCCAAACUUCUCUCUCUCUCUCUCUCUCUCUCUCUGUGUGUGUGUUUGUGUAGAAGUCUGUUUCUGCACUCGUACGGUUCUUUACAUUCAGUGCUUUAUGGUUCCAAUGCAUGAUUUACGGAAUGGUGACUGCAAUCUCUUUUAUCUGAAUACACACACACACAUAUAUGAGAGAAACAGCAUACCAGGACCAGAUUAAACUACCUUUUGCAGGUCACAUUUGGCCAAACUUUGCAACCUCUUUCAAUUUCUAUCAUGAGUCAGAAAAUAAUCCAGUGGUACUGUAAUUGUUAGUGACACCUAAGAUUUUAUAGGUAACAUUUCUGUUAAUGCACAGGUAUAGUUGUUGGUGGCUUAAUUAACCAUAUAGAAAUAUGUUAGUCUUUAGGUAGUUGUCCUAACUAGUGUGUGAUUACUAUAUUUUAUUCAAUAGAUGUUGUUUGCAUUGGUAGCUAUUUGUUAUUUUCAUCUUAGCAAUUUUUGUGCUAUCUGGCAACGAUAUCCUGGUUAUUUCCACAGUGCUGAAAGCCAUGAUGACAGAAUGAAUUAUACAAAUGAAAUAUGGCAUCAACUCUGAAAUCCAUUGGUCCAUAAGCUGUAUCCAGCAUCUGGCAAUGUCUGAGGAAGAGUUGCACAAAGCUUGUUUAGGAGUCCAGCAUUGCCUUUCCAGAUUUAUCAUAGGAAGAAAGCCAACAUGUGCUACAAAAAACAAGGGCUGAAUGGACAAUGGAAAGGGAAAGAUAAGCACAAAAAGUUCUUGUAAGCCAGUGUAGAAUGGACUCCAUGAAAAGUGCUGGCAGGUGGCUUAGAACUCCAUUUACAGUGUUAAAAUUCCAUCAUAUCAAAGUGUUUGCUAACAGUGUAUUUCACUCUUUUCAUCAGCUCUGCAUUCGCAUCACUGAAUCAAGUAGCUGUAUUUCAGAAGUGAAUAUGGCUCAGAUAACUGUUCAGGCUCAUGUUACUGAUCCAUAUCUGUUGGUGAUUCUAUUCCUUUUACCUCCCACAUGAGUCGUACCUUUCUAGUGCAAAUAAGCUGCCACUAGUGCCUUUGCUUGAUCUCCAUGCUACAGAUGUCUCUAAUUAACUUUACCAUGACAGGCCACCAGGAUACAGUUACAAAGGUUGACAGAUCCCAGUGUCCUUGGAGACUCUACCCUGUCACCUGACACAUUCCUUGUGCUAACAUCCUUUUGGCAAGCUCUUUUUAAUGACUAAGUCCAUCUUGUACCUGUGUGUUUAAUAUGGGGAGUGUAGAGUGAUAGCCACUAAAAGAUAACAAAGAAUUUCUAGUUGGAGAGCAAUUACAGUAUCGACUUUGAUUUAGCAACAUAAGAGAUGUGGCGUUAGAUCCUGUUUGAAAAAUUCAAAUACAGCAGUACACCAAAAACAAGUAACUUUGGAACAGUGUUUUGGAGACAAUCUUAGCUCUGUAUUUAUAGGAUUAAAUGGCAGGAAAGGUUUUUUUCAGAGAGUUGAUUGUCCUGUGAGCUUCACUGGCUGCCUGAGCAGAAACGUGUUACUAUUAAACACAAAAUCUUUCUAUCAAUAAAUGUGAAUUAAACCACAGGGCAAUCUUACAUAUAUAAAUAUUAAGCCCCAGUGAAUUCAGUGGGUUUUGCUCCUACGUAAGUGAGCAUAGAAUUGCAGCCUCAAAGUAGCUGCAACAAUUCCCAGGUCCAAAUUCUGAGAUAGCUUCUAUACAAUCGGAAGAGCUAAACAGAAGAAAACCAUAAUCAAUUGCAACUUUGUUAACUAUAGUGCUUAAGUCAUGGAAGAAGCCAAACCUUUUGAAAUUUCUCUUGUAUGCAGAUUUUCAAUUCUGAAUGUGGCAACAAAGAUGGAUAGAACUUGAGUAAAUUAUACAUCUUCAAGAUUUAGCAUUUCAAAUAGCUUGAAAUGCAAAACAAUUGAAUCUUGAAACUCAAGCUUUUAUUUUAAAUUCUAGAUUUUGAUUUUGUUUUUGUUUUUUUUAAAAAUAUCAAAUGCACUGGGGAAGGAAAUAGGAAGGUUAAAUCACUUGACAGAUGAAAAUCAGAUGAGAGGGAGGAAACAGUAGCAGUGGAAAAGAUUAGAAAAUGAUGAAGUGUGUUGAUACCGGAGCCAUAGCUAGGUGAUCUUGCGCCCCGGCAGAACCGUCCAGAUUAUGCCCCCUAACCAUGGACAAAUUAGCUCUUCUUUCCGCCUCUCCUCCAACCCCCCCCCCAUUCAAUUCACCUUUUAUUUAAAACCUUUUAUUAUGAGGCAAUAAUCAAUAUUUUUAUUUAUAGACAUAUUUAUGGACAUAUUUUAAGCCAAUUUUGUUCUCCCCUUCGCCUGUGCCCCUGGCGGGGCCCCACCUCAUCACCCCCUAGCUAUGGCCCUGGUUGAUACCCAUCACAAUUAUAGAUGAAAUGGGACUAGAAUGUACCAUAAUGUAUAAAAGCCUCUAUUAGCUCCCAUCAACUCAGGUGGAAGUAGAAAACCAAGGCAGAGUUCCUCUAUUGGGUAAAGCUCCUAAAACUAUCUUAAUUGCUAAAUAAGCUAUCUUAGUUGGGAAUGUGAUUAGGUGUGACUUGGGUGGCUCAGGGAAACACAGAGUAUAUCCAGGCAAAACAGGCUGUUUUCACCUAGCUUUUAGCAAAGAUGAGCUGAUAAACUUAGUUGACUAAACUUAAACAUAAUGAUUAUCUUUCAAACUGUUUGCAUCUAUUGCAGAUUGAUCAAGGCUGAUACCACUAUGAAGUGUGGUCUAUGGACUCUUCCCAGCUUCGUAAAAAAAAAAAAAAAGACUAGGAUCUUGAAUACUGCAGUGUUUUGCUAAAAAAUCUUGUUGCCUUUAAGAUUUAAUUUGGGAUGAUUUCAAAGCCACCAAAGUAAGGUGCAGUUCUGCACCUGUUAGUGGCUGCCUGACUUAUGGAAUCUUGUGAACUGGAAGAGUCUGGAAUAAGCAAUGUCUGGUAAUCCUAGUUGGCCUUCAGUCAUUGUCAGGCAAAGCAGAGGACUUUACACUCCAAUGACUAAGGAAACUAUUACUAAAAAAGACUGUUGCAAUCCGAGGCUUGUAAUCAGAGUUGCAGAACCUACCUAAUGAAUUUAAGAUUGAGAAUCUAAUUUUCUUAGAACUAUCACUUGAGAAUCAGAGUAAUUAUUUCCUAGCACCCUUUGUGGAAUAUAGUUAUAAUUGCAUUAGUGUAGGAAUGUUCACAUAAACACUUAAUUGUUAACAUCCUCCUAAUUCAGAGGAAAUCAUCACCUCUUCAUAUUUCACUGUCAUAAAGGGUUGUUAAAUUUUUUAAAAAGGAAGCAUGGUUACAUCUGGAAUGCAGAGUGAGAAACAGAAUUUGGAAAUAUCUGAAAUAUGCCUCUGAGGGACACACACACUAUUGUGAUAAAGAGCUGUUACAUGAAAACUUACAAACACACCUGCAAUAUUUUUUUAAAGGUAUUGAGACUUAUUGAAGAACUUUUUCCUAUCUGUUAAAGAGUUGCAGUUCUAAAAGGCACACUGAAGAAUUAGAAGGAACAGCACCAAAUAAAUUAUGUAUACAGCAAUACUCCCUCUGGUGAAAGAAUACAGUGGUACCUCGGGUUACAUACGCUUCAUGUUACAGAUUCUGCUAACCCAGAAAUAGUACCUCAGGUUAAGAACUUUCUUUCAGGAUGAGAACAGAAAUCAUGCAGUGGCAGCGGGAGGUCCCAUUAGCUAAAGUGGUGCUUCAGGUUAAGAACAGUUUCAGGUUAAGAAUGGACCUCCGGAACGAAUUAAGUACUUAAACCAAGGUACCACGGUACUUCUGUUGGGGACCAAGCUGGGAUUCCCGCUCUAAUUUUUGGGUUGUCUAAAUACUGUUGAAGCUUUUGUAAAUCUCAUCACCUUUACCUUUCUGAACAAAAAGUGUGGAGUUGUUUACUCUUAGCAUGCAAAGCAGAUAGAUCGUGUGAUGUCCUCAAUCUGCAGGAAAAUUUUCCAGAAUAUCCCCACACUCUUUCACUCUGAUCUUAAAGAGGGAGAAGAAGCUUGCAAAAGCCUUGGGAGAAAGGGGGAAAGGGCGCGUUUUCCAGAGGUAAAGAAAGUUUCAGGAGGAAGGAAAUGGGAAAUGGGAUGUGUUUGCAGUCUAGCAGCAUCUGUUGCCUACCUCUGAAAGUAGCAAUCACUCCAGUGAGAGCCAGUGUGGUGUAGUGGUUAAGAGCGAUAGACUUGUAAUCUGGGGAACCGGGUUCGCGUCUCCGCUCCUCCACAUGCAGCUGCUGGGUGACCUUGGGCUAGUCACACUUCUCUGAAGUCUCUCAGCCCCACUCACCUCACAGAGUGUUUGCCGUGGGGGAGGAAGGGAAAGGAGAAUGUUAGCCGCUUUGAGACUCCCUAGGGUAGUGAUAAAGCGGGAUAUCAAAUCCAAACUCUUCUUCUUCUUCUUCCAGCUAGUGGUGUCAUGUGGCCUAGAGAAGCUAGAAAAACAAGAAAUUGAUGAGUAUAUCAAAUAUGGGGUGAACAGUGGCUUCUCCUUCUGUUUUAGAGAGGAGAGAAGUCCAUGCAAGUCAGAGAUGGUGUGUCUGUUAUAGGUCUCUGUUAAGUAAAAAAUAUGGCAGUCAUGUACAGUAGAACCUUAUCCAUACCCCAACUUAACAUUGAUAUAUCUUAGGGCUUUCUGCUGAUCUUUUUACCUAAGGAGCCAAGAAGGCCAAAAACUGUAAUUUUAUUGUGGGUAGAGUAUGAGUAGCAGUUUUUGUCAAUUAAUAAGAGAAUGGAAAAAUAUGUUGCCCUUCCUAUUUUAAUUCUUGCUUUGUUUCUGUAGUUUGCUUAGUUUUAUUGAAUUAGCAAGAGGUGACUGAAUAUGUAUUUUGUUAAACUUCUUUACGUACUCUGGUUUGUCCACUAGCCAAACAGGGCUGCAUGUAUUUUACUGAGCUGCUCAUGUAAACUUUAGCUGGAAGGUGAACAGUUAAUCUUGUUUGAACCUGUAAUUUCAGCACAAUGGGUUUGCCAGAGUUGCUGAUUCUGAAGUUGGUGUUAAAAAAAAAAAAAAUGUGUGUGAGAGAGAGUUUUUAAUGGACUUUUUGAAAAACCCUGGGGAACUCCUUAUUUUGUGGGACUGUGAUAGCUCAAUACUGGAAUAUUUCAAAAACACCUCUAGAAGGGUAGCCCCCUACUCAAAAUAACUUUGACUGACAUAAUUAUAGUUUAGAAAUGGCCGUAUAAAGGAUUUUUCCUGGCAUGAGUUGAUUUCUUAUCAAACUGUGCAGUGACAAGUGAGAAACAACAAGCUUCAUUUUCUUCUGCUCUGUGACUCAUUAGUUUUGUCUCAUAAACACCUUAUUAUUCCACCUUGAACUUGUUUAAAGGUACAGAAUGAAACUUAAAACCUUCAGCAGUUUUCCCAAGCCAAUAAGUAUCAGAGACAAACAGAAGGAUGAAAAGAAUUCUGUAAGAUUCAGAAUGUUUCAUAAGAUACAGUAGAUACAGGUUCUUGCUGAUGUUAAACAAGACUGAUCAGAUAUUUUGACGUACUAUAAGGAUAGAAUCUGGCUCCCCCCUCCCUAAUUGACUUCCAAAAAGCAGCCUUGCCUACAUAAUAUUAUCUUCAUACUAUAGCUUCAAAUUAUGAGUCUUUGAGCUAGAAGUACCAACCUUCCUUUUUUUGUUUUGCAUUAGGCUUUUGAAAGUCCCCCAAAGCCUUUCUCAUGAAUUAUUGCUGCAAGGCAGCGGAGAUUUAGGAUCAGAGUUUUCCUUCUCCUAGAUGGGCUACCUUCCCAGGUUGACGAUCCCCAUCUGACCCUCAUUUUCCUUUACAGCAUGUGCACUAACUGCCUUCUUGACUGUUGAGACAGACUCUUGGUCUUGUCUGCUCACUCUGCCAUAACCUGUCUUCUCAUGCAGAGGAAGUCCCAAACUCACUGAGGGAUUAAGACCCAUUGGCUACCCUCACCUGGUUUAGCCUGUCAGGUUUAGCCUGGUUUAGCCUGAAGCCGUUUCCUAUGCUGACAGCUUCUAGGAACCACAGGUGAGAACUGAAUGCAAGGUGGGGACUAAAGGUGGGCAAGCUACCCCAGAAGGAGUGUCCUCCACAAGAGAUAUUAAAGGUAAAGGGACCCCUGACCAUUAGGUCCAGUCGCGGAUGAUUCUGGGGUUGCAGCGCUCAUCUCGCUUUACUGGCCGAGGGAGCUGACGUACAGUUUCCGGGUCAUGUGGCCAGCAUGACUAAGCCACUUCUGGCAAACCAGAGCAGCGCACAGAAACACUGUUUACCUUCCCACCGGAGCGGUACCUAUUUAUCUACUUGCACUUUGACAUGCUUUUGAACUGCUAGGUUGGCAGGAGCUGGGACUGAACAACGGGAUCUCACCGCGUCGCGGGGAUUUGAACCGCAACCUUCUGAUUGGUAAGCCCAAGGCUCUGUGGUUUAACCCACAGCGCCACCUGUCUCCUAACACCUCAUACACCCCAUGCAUUAGUACAUGGUUACUGAAACAUUAACAUUGUUAGAGAGACAGACUAUGGUUUAUGAUCAGAAAAAAAUUGGAAUUCCAAACCACAGAUUAAAAUAGAUUUAUGUUCACUUAGAGAGUUCUGAUGGAACUCCAUGGCAAUGUAGAGUUUUCCAUGGAAACACUAUGGAGCCAUUAUCUGAAUUGAGCCAAAGGGUAUCCAUCUCUUGAGUAAAAAAUGUUUGCUUUUUUAAAAAUACAUAUGCUGCAUCAGCAAGUAAAAUUGCAUUUAAUUGAUUGCUUUGCAUAUCUUUCCUUCAUGUAGAAGCCUUCUCUUUUUUCUCUCUCCCACACAAUGCCUUUUCUGGAUUGGUUGAAAGUGGACCUCAUGCAAGAAAAUUACAGCUACACUUAAGGGAGAUCUGCCAACAAGGCAGUUUAUUCUCAGAAUCAUCGCACAGCACAACUGCACCCUUGCGUCUUUAAAGCAGGUCGAGUCAUUUAAAAUCAUAGUUCCUUAGGAGUGAAGUGUUGUCUUUCAUUUCCCAAGAAAGGGAAAAAGCAUGUCAUAGUGGGGUAAAACUAAAAUAAAGAAAACUUAAAGUUAUGUAUGAAAAGUUCUAAAUUCACUUUUUUAGAAAAUAAGAAAAUCACACUCUAAACACACACACACACACAUGUAUAUAAAAUUAUAGUUAAAGUAACCAGGAAUGCCAGGAGCUGAUAUGAAUGAUCAGGAAAGCCCUGGGUGAAUGUUCUCAGUUGCUUGCAGAAGCACCCAACUCUCAGUGGGUGACCAACACCUGAUAAUCACAAAAUAAGCAUUCCUAGGGCAGAUUCUAAAAAAGUUAUUUACACUUCAGGUCUAGUUGUAUUGGAGACAGUAGGUUAAUCCAGAGAUCCAUGAUCAUGGACAGGGGUGCUCUCAUGAACAGAAUAGGGAGAUUAUUUUUGCAUAUUUUUCCAGCAGCCUUUUGUGUGAACAGAAAUCUCUUCAGGGUAGGGAACCUAAGGAACAGUAAGGAAGGAGGGAGAGGGGGGCUGCAAAAAUUGAAUCCAAGUGCCUUUCAAAAACAGUAAGGUCCUGAUGGAUUCUACCCAGUCUGUUAGAAUGUCUGUCAGUCUAGCUAUAUAGUUGUGUUUGUUUUAUUAUUUAUCUAGUAUGGAUCAAACACUUUUUUUGUUUGUUGCAUAUGCUAGGCUACUUCAAGACUGCACACUAAUUAAAAAAAAUUGCAAUUUUUAAAUGUUAUGUUUCAUGCACUUAGGUUUUUUCUAUAUGCAAGUUCACAGUUCAGGGCCCCCAAUGUAAAGUAGUAGCUGUUCAUACUAUAUACUCAUCUCAAGAAAAUUUGUUCUAUUAUGAUGUAUAAAGCAGUUCUAUGUCCUUAUUUGCCUAGAAAUAAACAAAUGAAAAUAUCACUGUAACUUCUUAAAGGAAAAUCUGGCAAGUAAAAUCAAAUACUCAAGCACGUGAAGAGAAAAAUAUUGAACAGCUGACUUUCUGGGAUAGGAGACAUAUUGGAAGGGACUUCCUGUGUGCUCUGGAAUAAAAAUAUACCACUGCAAACUUAGCAAAAGCAGGCACAUUUAACAUUUUCAUGUUUUUUUGAUAUAAUCUAACCAUGAAUGCUCUACUAGAAAUUGAUCUGAUAUUGAACAUGCAAUAAAGAAAACUCAUAGCAGCAUAUGGGAAACUCAUCAAAAUGGUUCCAACAAAAUCCCAGCUUCACAGGUGUUGACCUUGUCAUUAUGGCCUGCAAGCACAUUUUUCUUAGAAUCUUAUCAUUGUGGUUUUCAGCGAUGUGGGUGGCUGACUGUGGACAAGGCUUUCUGUUGACCUUAAAAUAUCGACACCAAGUUGACUGGAGCAGGUGUUUUAUUUUGUGUUUAUUUGCUACGCAUUUUAUGAAAGUAAAAAGGGGGGAGAAGGUUAGAACUCGGAGCACAGGCCCCUUUUAUUCAUACAACUGCCGUUGUAUCAUAUUGGUCUGCUUUUUUAAAAAAAAUAUUAGCAACAUGCGAUACAGCUUCUCAUUUCCUUUAUACUAAAUCUUGUGUAUGCAAACUUUCAGAAUAUUUGGCAGGGAUUGAAUAAUCAAGAAAUUUAGGUCCUGAAGGACACCCCAAACAUCAGGUAAUAGAGGCUUGCCUGAAUGUUCUUUGCCUUUUAAAAAAAAACACUCAUCUGAAAUUCUUCUUAUUGGAUUUAAUUUUUUAAAAUGCGCUUUUUUCAUAUUAUUCUCCUGAUGAAACUGAAUCAUAACUUAAAUAACUCACUGGUCUAAAUCCCAUGUGCUUUAUUCACAUAAACAAUUUCGGUCCUUCAUUUAAUGCUGUCUAAGACACAUGUCAUGGGAUGCGGGUGGCGCUGUGGGUUAAACCACAGAGCCUAGGACUUGCCAAUCAGAAGGUCAGCGGUUCGAAUCCCCGUGACGGGGUGAGCUCCCGUUGCUCGGUCCCUGCUCUUGCCAACCUAGCAGUUCGAAAGCACAUCAAAGUGCAAGUAGAUAAAUAGGUACCGCUCUGGCAGGAAGGUAAACGGCGUUUCUGUGCACUGCUCUGGUUCACCAGAAGCGGCUUAGUCAUUCUGGCCACAUGACCCGGAAGCUGUACGCCUGCUCCCUCAGCCAAUAAAGCGAGAUGAGCGCCACAACCCCAGAGUCGGUCACGACUGGACCUAAUGGUCAGGGGUCCCUUUACCUAAGACACAUGUCAUAAAGAAAAGUUUGCAGUUUGAGACAAAUUUGGUGGUUUGUUUAGAUUCAGAAACUUUAUUAUAAUAGAAAAUAUGAGUUACAGAGUUGAAAUUUUUGAUAGGGAUGAAUGAAUCUGUCAGUUUUGGUUUCUCUCAGUUUCUCAUUUUUCCAAUCUUAAGUUCAUUUCUCGACAUUUCUGCAUCAAUUUGUGAAUCCUCACAAAAAUUUGUCAACAUUUUAGUUCACAUUUCUCCAUAUAUACCCAUUUUCUCUAAUACUACUUUCUGUAUCUUAUUUUCAUUAAUAUGUGCAUUUUCCCACAUUACUUUCACAAACUUUACAGUUUGGGGCACACUUUUCCCCAAUAUACACAUGAUUGUGUACAUCUUUCAGUUAAAGAAUGGCAUUGGAAAAUUCUUAGAAGCGUGAAUUUCAAAGGAUAGCUAUAUUAUUUGGGGAAGUGAAAAUUCGGUAGAUUUGCAUUGACACGUGAAGCAAACCAGAUCCCCCCCCCCAAUCCCUCAUUUCAGGCUGCCCCCAGUCAAGUUGUGGGGUGCUGGAUCCAAAUAGUUGGGUUUGGGAAUUUCAUACAAGAUCAAACUUUUGCUGCCUUUUGGGGGGACUUAGCUUCUUUCUAGUAGGCUAUGCAUGUAUAUUUGAAAAUAAGAGUACAGAGACACUACAGGUUCUCAGUACUCAUCUAUAAGUAAUCAAAUAAUAUCCAGGGACUUAAUAAUCCCUCAGGAAAAUUGGGAGACCCCAACAUUAGUCUAGGAGCAUGGUUCGAAAUUAGCAAGGGGCCAGGCACAUUUUGCACCUAAAGAUUCUCCAUUUGUGAGUACCUCCAGAAGUCUGGAUGCCAUUUCCUGUGCCUGGCUGACACUCAAGGAUUACUGAAAUGUAUGUGCUUUGAAGUAUUGAAGUAUAUGUUAAGGCAGGCAUAGGCAAACUCAGCCCUCCAUAUGUUUUGGGACUACAGCUCCCAUCAUCCCUAGCUAACAGGACCAGUGGUCAGGGAUAAUGGGAGCUGUAGUCCCAAAACAUCUGGAGUGCCAAGUUUGCCUAUGCCUGUGUUAAGGAUAGGCAAUAUGUUAAGGAGUUUAACAAUAAAGAGUAAGAGUGCUUUGAAAAUUGCUGUAUGGUACCAUUCUUUUUCUUGUAAACAUCAAAUUAAACGUGUAUUAAUAAUUUAACAAUUAACAAUGUGUCACUAGAGAGCCAGUGUGGUGUAGUGGUUAAGAGCGGUAGUCUCGUAAUCUGGGGAACCGGGUUCGCGUCUCCGCUCCUCCACAUGCAGCUGCUGGGUGACCUUGGGCUAGUCACACUUCUCUGAAGUCUCUCAGCCCCACUCACCUCACAGAGUGUUUGUUGUGGGGGAGGAAAGGAAAGGAGAAUGUUAGCCGCUUUGAGACUCCUUAAAGGGAGUGAAAGGCGGGAUAUCAAAUCCAAACUCCUCCUCCUCCUCCUCUUCUUCUUCUUCUUCUUCUUCUUCUUCUUCUUCUUCACUUAUGGGAAUUGCGUAUUAGUUCACACUUAUUGAAAUAAUAAAUAAAAAGUGUUGCUGCCCCCCCCAAUGGCAACUGGACAUUCUGUUUUGGCACCCACAACCCAGGUUCAGGAGCCAUUUGUCUCCUAGCUUUUCUAUCCCAGUUUCUAACAGUGCCUAGGAGGAAAACCCAAGGGUGUGCGUGUGUGUGCACUGUUAUCCCAUUACUUCUCUUCUGGAAGCACCAUAUGGAAACUGAAAUGUCAUCUCUGUUUCAAUUAAUGUAUGUGUUCUGCCAGCAAGCACCUAUGAAGGAAAAGCAUACCAAGACUAGAUUACUUAUAUACGUUCUUUCUGAUGAAUUAGAUUUUACUCAAGUCAAGUUUUCAAUAAAUCAGUUAGACCGAUAUGCUUUCUGUGUGACAGACUGCUACUGAAUCUCAUUAUUCAUACAUGUCUCUGUGAUGUUACUGAAUCAAUUUGUGCUGUAUCCAUUUUGCACUCAUGGAUAGUUCACGCUCCCUUAUGAGCAUAAAUAGUCAGCAGGCAAUAAUGGGAGAUGUGGAGCAAAGAAGGUUGAAGCCUGCAUUCCUGGGAUUUGUAGCCCCAAGUUCUUUUUCACUGAGAAAAAAGUAUAUGUUUGCACACACAUACACGCUCACAUUGCCUCAUCAAUAUGUACAAAGCGGUAGCUAAGUUAAAACCAGAUGCUUUAGCACUUUACAAAUCAAUCCUUUUACAUUGUAACAGGCAUAGAGUUAAACUGGGGUCUGGAAAAGGUCUUUGCAUUGUCUGAUUGGCAGAAGAGGGCCAUGUCUACAUGUAAUUGCUUGUUGGAUGUAAUUCUGUUGAGAGACACUGACUUGACAUGCCUCUCCUGAAAAGGCCUCAUCCAGAAUAAAAUGCUAUCACAGAGCAUCCUUUUAAUUGCACCUGCAUGACCCACAGUAAUUGUAAAUUACGGCUUUAUCACAUAGUAUUCUGCUUCUAAAUCAAUUUGUACUUUUGCUUUCUUCUUUCUAGUUAAUGAUUUGUUUGUUUAGGCCUUAUGUACUGAUGCUGCAAUUCAUCUUGUAUUUAUAUCCUUCGAAACCAGUCAUGAUUUCUUAUCAGUGUAGUAAAUGUUGUUUUUUUAAACGAAAAGAAAUUUAGAUGAAUAGAAGGAAGACCGUGUACUAGCAGAUCAGUAUGCUCUCUAGAGUGCAAAAAGGUUUAAUUCUGAAAUUCAGUCAUUCAUGCAUCUCAUUGUCUUGUCUUUACUGUGCGCUUUGCUUGAACGUGUUCAGAAACAUUGCUUUUUCAUUUUUGACACACAGUGCAAUACUAUUCUUUCAAACGUAAUUCUGGGGGAAUCUUAUAGUAGCCUUCUGAAGUGUAAAUUCAAGAGUUAUAAGUGAAUGCCAUUGCAUUCCAUGUAAUUUCCUAAUUAUCUGUAUUCAUCUUCACAGAAAUUAAUAUCACAGGACUCAUUCAAUUAAGUGGGCAGGUAGCCUGAGACCCACCUUCCUAUAUAGGCAAAGAGUUUUAGAUUAUAUCAAAUCCAUCUCUUCUCAACUCUUUACAUUUGAGCAAGAGCCUCCAGGAUGGUACCCUUCAGAUGGACUAUAAUUUACAGUAGCACCUCGGGUUAAGUACUUAAUUCGUUCCGGAGGUCUGUUCUUAACCUGAAGCACCACUUUAGCUAAUGGGGCCUCCUGCUGCCACUGCACCGCCGGAGCACAAUUUCUCUUCUUAUCCUGGAUCAAAGUUCUUAACCUGAAGCACUAUUUCUGGGUUAGCAGAGUCUGUAACCUGAAGUGUAUGUAACCUGAAGCGUAUGUAACCAAGGUACCACUGUACAUACGUCAGCAUGGCUGAUUGGGAAUGAUGGGGAUUGUAGUCUAAUAACUUGGAGGGCACCAUAUAUGCUGCCACUGCUUUUGCAUAUCUUACAUAAUUCACAGGGCACUGUAGCCUUCUUUAGAAGUUGUAUAUAUGCUCCCACACGCUUUCACAUUGCUCCUAAAUGAGUGGCCAGCCGGCACUACUGUAUUAGGGAUUUAGACAAUUGGCAUUUCUUCACUUUCCCAUCACACAUUCACUGAAUAUGUAGAAUUGCCUAAAGAAGUCUGCCCUUAUUAUUAUUCCAAGUGCUGUUGGUUAAAGAUAACAAAAUUAUGGUUGUGUGCUCACAUAUUGUAUCUUAUCUGAUCUUUCCAGAGAUUGUAUUGCUUCUAAGAAAGUUUAGACACCCACCCACCCAGUUUUCUUUUCAAUAUGCAGUUUACACCAAAAACAAGUUGCACCUGAUAUUAGGGUGGGUUGGUUUUCAAAGGAAAAUAAAUAAAUUGCUUACAAUUGUUUACUUCCCAGGAAAACGCAACUUAUCUAACAUGGAGCACAAGCAACUUAUCUACAAUGUGUUUGUUCCCAAUAUUAUAAAUCCUGUAUCCUGUAUUUUUAAAGAGCCAAGCUCCAACCCUGUUUAUUUUAUGAGGAAUACAAAAUUCAUACUUCCUACAGUCUUGAGAAUACUGAAGUUACUCCCUUGGUGUUAAGUCACCCUGAUAUAUUUUAAACUAAUGCAACAACUUGAACAUAUCCCUGUUGAAAAAGUUUUUGGUGCACUGCCCUGGCUCAUUUACAUUUUGACUGCACAAAAUACUGUUUGAAACUUCAGCAGACCUUUGAUCAAAAAUAAUGUUCACCCAGCAACCCGCUUUUAAGUGCAGAUUCAAGACUGAGAAGUGGAUGUCAUUGCUUUGGCAAAGGUCCCAUUUUGUGGCAUUCAAAACAUAGGCUGCAAUCUAACUUUUGACCUUGUUCUCAUGAAAGGGUUAUAGAGCCAGCAGAUGCCUCUGCUAUCAGGAGUAGAGGAGGGAGGCAAUUUUUGAUUGUCCCUCUCCGGUCUAUAGUCCCCACAACCCUUUAAAAUGAGCUUAAGAGAAUUUGGUGGAAGUUGACAUGGGAGGGGGCUGCAAGUGAAAAAGCUAACUAGACAAAACAAUUCCUCCACUCCCCUUUGGUUAGCAGAGAGAUCCUCUGGAUCAAAAGACUUUCCAUGAGUGUUAAGGCAGGGCUGGGAAACAUGUGGCCCUGCAGAUGUUGGAUUCCAGCUCCCAGAUGCUGCAGGCAGCAGGGCUAAUUAUCAGGCAUGACAAGACUUGGAGUCUAAUAACAUCUCAAGAGCCAUAGGUUCUCCUGCCCUGAUGCACCGGUACAUAAUACAUUAGCAUACUACUAAGGUUAUGUAGCUUGAGUAAAUCUGCCACAAAAGGAAUUGCCUUUACUUGGAAAGUUGUUUCACACGGAAAUAUUUCGACAAUGUUUUGCUGAGUGUAGCAAGCAUUGCAUGAUACAAUGUUUUAUGGUCUACUGUUUUCAAAUCCAUUUCACAAUCCAACAAGUUACUUUAAAAAGCAACAGUUGUCUUUGAAAGUUGCAUGUUUCUGAUUUUACUUUAGUACUUGUUACUAAAAUUAGUUAUUGUUGCUAAAAUACCUACGAAUCAUCUGAAAGGAUUUGUGUUUUUUUUAAAGAACUUAAGGAUUUAAGAAAAAUCAAGAUUUCUUUUGUCACAUAAUGUUUUCAUACGGAUGUUUUCCAUUGGCUUGCUUCUCCUUACCCACACGUCAUUAGAAGCCAAAUCUGGGCCAGGACAGCUUUUAAAAAUUGUUUAAUUAGGUGCAGAUAUAAAUCACCCCUUGUGUUUAGUACAUUUCAUACUGGGGGAGGGGGAGUCUGCAGUAUGACUAUGCAUAUGAAAAGAAAUGGAAGUUCACCUAUGUUUGUCAAUAGGAUCAGAUUUAUUCAUUAGAUAUAGUAAAAUGUAAUGUGCAUGGGAGCAAUUGGAGGCAUUCUUUUCUGUUAAAUGGGUGACUUUUUAUUUUAAUUUUUUUCAAGAAUGGACAGUCUGCUUCAAUAAAUCAUUGUGGUCUCUAUUAUGCUGGUUCUGAAUGGAUGCAGAUGCUAACUGGACCAAAGUGAUGGCUUUUACAGUUCAUUGGGGAUCUUGUGAGGGGGGAAAAGCAAUUUGCACUGAGUGAAGUGAAGAAAAUUUCCAUUACUAAAUUGCUCUGAGCUCUAACUGCAAGGAGACACCACUGAUUUUCUUAAAUCCCUGUAUGUCUGUGUGGAGGGAAGAAUUGGGGAAUAAAACAAGCUUUUGCCUGCAUACCAUCUUUGAGGCAGGGAAGAAAAUUAAGAGCUUUAUUUGGGAGAAAACAGGCAGUGCUCCUGACAUACUAGGUUUAUAACAGAGUCUGAAUUACUUUCCCUCCACAUAUUUAUCUAUUUCCUUCUCUGUUUCCGGCAAUACAUUUUGCCAGAGUUUAAACAUACAUUUCUGCUGAUCUUCCUCAGGAUAGAAACCCCUUUGCCAAUAUUUUUGGGACUGUGGGCAUGUUUGAAAAGCAGAGAAACGGUUGUGGUAGCACACACUCAACACAAUCAUACACUUACUGGGUUUUCAACAUCGCGAUAUAUCACCAGCUAAACAUUGCGAUAUACUGAUAUAUCACAAUGUCUGAAAUAAGGAUGGAGCUUUGUAGAGGCAUUGGCUAGCUUCAUGGUUUUCCCCACAUUGUGAUUUUUGCAUAGCACACACACGUACACACACAUCAUGAUUAGCAAUAUAUUGCCAGGUCGAAAAUCAUGAAAUGGAUUUGAAACCGGUUUUGGAUGAUAUAUUGCCUAGCCCUAACACACAACAUGAUUUGUGAUCUAUUUGCCAGGUCAAAAACUAUGAAAUCAAUAUCAGAAUAUGGACUUCAAACCAGUUUUGGACGAUAUAUAUCAUGGUAUAUAUCAACAUAUCACUCAGCCCUACUCAUUAUAACCAGGCACAUGAACACACACUCACUGCCCUACUCCCAAGCUUUAUUGGGAGGGGGUGAUUUCUCAUGGAGUGUGCAACUGGAGAGGCAAUGUUCAACCAUGUCAGACCUGCUGCAGUCUGAGGAAGAUUCCCCCCCCCCCCACAUGCCUGCUUCCAUUAGCCUCGGGAAAAAGCCAUCUAUUUGAGCCAGUGGAAGGCUUUUUUCCCAGCCUCGUUGCAGGGGGAGAGGGAAUAUUGAGGGUGGGAAUUACAGCAGGGGAAGAGCUACAUGAGCAUGCUCAGUGUUCGAAACUCCCAUUGUUCUAGGUGCAUUUUGCAACAGGGAAUUUCAUUAGCGCGAGCAGCUUCUGAGCUCUGGGGGCAGUACUGCACCUAAGAUUUCAGAUUAAUACUGCAGAGUGGAAGGAAAGGGGGACCUUAUUCUGCCUCCCCACUUCCAGCUACUCUCUGAAGACUGGAGGAGAGACCCUCUUAAGAAUAUUAGGGGGGUGGGCAGGGGAAGGACUAGACCAUGUGAAAAACGAACAUAAUAGUUUAGCUGCAGUUCAUUCAUUUUCAGCUUUGUAUUCUUGUUACAAAAAAAAAAAGGUGUGCCUAUAGAUUCCGUUUUUGCGCCCAAAGCCUAGGUUCAAGGUGCCGUUUAGCUCCUGGCUUUAGUAUCUCAGUUUCUAACACUGAGCAUGCUUCUUCUGAGUUUAAUUUCAGCAGGGUAAGGAGUGGGAUGCUAUGGGUACUGGGAAAAAGCCAUCUAUGCCUACAGGCACUGUGUUAGCGUCCCAUGCAUUAGCAGCCGAGUCCAAAUAAACAUAGUGAUAUUCCUUUCGCUUAUUGGGGUAAAAAAAAAAGUUGUUGUUUUAACAUUUCCUGUCAGUAGUAGACUAACAACUAUGGGUGGGCUUACUGUAUAAAAUGCUUCUUCAUGUUUGUCUCGUAUGCUGGAAAGAAGAGAGAAAGUUGGAAAUAGAAACCCCUAUUUGUUUCCAAGUAUAGAUACUUUACCAUGUUGUUUGCUGGUCAAAUUGGGGAUUCUUUCAAGGGUGAUACCAGAAGUUGGUUAUGUUCCAUCCCUUGCCCGUCCUUCACUCACAUUACUAUUGGUAAGAACUAUUGGAGAACUGGUAUUUAUUUCAAUGCAUGAUUUUCCAGGUUCAUUUACCAAAUUCUGCUUCCAGGGUGUCAUAUUUACUUCGAGGUAUAGCUUCGAAAUACAACUUCGAAGUAUAGCUUCAAAGUAUAACUUUGAAGUAUGGGACAUGGGUGGUGCUGUGGUAUAAACCACUGAGCCUAGGGCUUGCUGAUCGGAAGGUCGGCAGUUCGAAUCCCCGUGACGGGGUGAGCUCCUGUUGUUCUGUCCCUGCUCCUGCCAACCUAGCAGUUCAAAAGCACAUCAAAGUGCAAGUAGAUAAAUAGGCAGCGCUUCGGCGGGAAGGUAAACGGCGUUUCCGUGUGCUGCUCUGGUCUCGCCAGAAGCGGCUUAGUCAUGCUGGCCACAUGACCUGGAAAAACUGUCUGCGGACAAACGCCGCAACCCCAGAGUCGUCUGCGACUGGACUUAACUGUCAGUGGUCCUUUACCUUUACCUUUUUAUAGCUGUCUCAUGGCUUACUGUCAUGUAGUUAGCAUUACAGUAUCAAUUGAUCACUUGGCAGAAGGGUAAAAAUUCCCGAGCAGCACGUCAUUGUGUUAAUCUUAAUGAUUUAAAUCUUUAGUUAUUUAUGAUGAAAGGUCAUGCAUCACCUUUCUGUCAAAACAUAUGCAGCACCUGAACUUAAAUUGCAUUCGUUGCAAAAAGAUGUUGGGCUGCAAAGGGAAGAAAGAAUGUUCUCUCCAGUUUGUGUUAGGUUUCCCCUGGUUAUGUGUGAUCAACUACACAUUUCUGGGUAAAUAUACAAAGAGUAACAAGCUUGCCAUGCUGCAGGAUAAAAUGACAAGAUGUGCUUCAUGAAAUUGCUAGCCUAGAAACCAUAAUUGUUGUGGCAUAUUACUUUGCAUUCAAAGGAAUACUUGUGAUUUUCUCCUGUUGAAAACAACUAAUGGAAAGAUGAAGUCAUUAUAUUCUGAAAGCAGAAGAGGUAAAGUACAGCAGAAAAAUAACAAGCAGGCAAAACUCAAAAUAUAUGCUGUUUUUCUAGUUGGAAGCUUUUCUAGGGAUAAGGAAUAAAAGCUAUAAAGGGUUGAACGGAACUGAGAAGCCACAAACAGGGAAGGGAUUAAUUUUUUUUAAAAAAUCACUAAUGGGUCUUAAUAUGUUACCUGUGAAAGAUUUUUGUUAAAGAUUACUUCAAGUUACAUGUAAUGCUUGCCCAUUUACAGAUGUUAAUUUACAGCACAAUCCUAAGCAGGCCAGCUGAGAACUAAAUCCUAUUGAAUCAAGUGGAGUCUACUUCUUGGUAAAUGGGGUUAGGAUUGAAGCCCUAGACAUUGUAUCAUUCUAUACAAUUUCAGCGCUACUUACGGUUUUCUGAUUCUGUUUUUUUUAAAAAAAUUAUUUGAUAAGGCCAAAUUCAUAAGGAAAAUCUGUAUUCUCUACCACACACACAGACAGAUGGAUAGAUCAAGUACUGCCAGCUUUCCUGCUCAGUGAUUAUUGAACUUUAGCAUGGGGAAGGGGUGAUCUGAAAUCUCUCAGCAUCACAGUGAGGAUCCUCACCAUCACUAUCAUUAUUAGGUAAUUCAGUUUAUAUCCCCUUCCACUCAAAGAAGCCAAAGGUGGCAACAGCAUGUAGUUCCCACUAGUUCUCUGUCCUUUUUUUCCAUGUUGUUUGUUGUUGUUCAGUCGUUUAGUCGUGUCUGACUCUUCGUGACCCCAUGGACCAGGGCACACCAGGCACUCCUGCCUUCCACUGCCUCCCGCAGUUUGGUCAAACUCAUGUUGGUAGCUUCAUAAGGUAAAGGGUAAAGGGACCCUUGACCAUUAGGUCCAAUCGUGACCGACUCUGGGGUUGCGGCGCUCAUCUCGCUUUAUUGGCCGAGGGAGCUGGCAUACAGCUUCCAGGUCAUGUGGCCAGCAUGACUAAGCCACUUCUGGUGAACCAGAGCAGCACACGGAAACACUGUUUACCUUCGCGCUGGAGCGGUACCUAUUUAUCUACUUGCACUUUGCUGUGCUUUCGAACUGCUAGGUUGGCAGGAGCAGGGACCGAGCAACGGGAGCUCACCCCGUUGCAGGGAUUCGAACCGCUGACUUUCUGAUCGGCAAGUCGUAGGCUCUGUGUUUAACCCACAGCGCCACUUGCAUCCCGGUAGCUUCAUAGGGAAUGCCAAAUUGGGUUGGAGAGCUGGUGGGUUACCAGGAAAGUCUUGGUGGGACACAGCAACCUAGCUUCUGACCAAACCCAUAGUUAGUGUUAACACAUAGGCAACCCUCUAUUUGUGCAGGGGUUGUGUUCUGGGUCAUUGUGCAUGAUGACAGAAUACACACAGGCCCACUCCACCCUGUUCUACCCCCGCCCCCAUUCCACCCCUCUUUCUGGCCACUUCUGGGUCAUCGCGAUACACAACCAGUUGAUGUCACACGUCUAUUGGUUGCACAUAAAUCGGCCAUGGCCUGUACUGAAUAUAUAAUGCUUAAACAUCUCUGAAAAUGCACAUGAGAAAAUGUUCCCAAUCUUGUUCCCAAUCUUGGUAGGGUAUUCGCUCUAUGUAGGCAUAACAUCUUUUUAUGUGGGAAGUGUUUUAAAUUUUAUACCUGCAACUGCUUUAAUGUCACACCCUGUGGGAGCACAUUUGCACUCCUCAUCUAAUCAUAAGUAGACACAGAUAAUAAGCCUCCUUAUACUAUGAUGCGCCUCAUCAUGAGAGCGACACAAGCAUGUUUUGUGACUGUGGAAAGUAGAUUGGGUAUCAGUAUCCAGGCACUAUCUCUUUUUUCUGUAGGAAAGCUGUUGUAGAAAAGAAAAAUGGGGGGGGGGGACAAAACCAGGAGCGAAAUAUUUUAGCUAAUUAUGAAGGGAAUUAUUUUCUUUGUUCAUAUAGAAACUCCUUUAAUGUGUUGAAAAAGUGCAGUAAUGAUGAGAUCUGGAAUUCAUUCUGCUCUGCAUCAUCAUAAAGGGGGGAAAACCCUUGGAUGGCAUUUUUGCCUACAGGCUGCUGAGAGCUGAUUAUUCUUCUAAUCAGAGCCGUCACAAUCAGGGGAGACAAUUAGCUAGGUUAGGUCUCUGCUGAUUUCUCAUAUGGCCCUUAGCAUCAGAUGGCCUUGAGCACUCUUGAAUCAUGCCAACAAGUAUUUCGAUAGUCUGUAUUCAACUCCACCUGCUGUCAUUAGGACUCUUUUUAUCCCUUGAAGUGCUUGAUUUUGUGCAUACUUAUUUAUAUUAAACUCAGACUGAAGGAACUUGCUGUCUUUCAAAAGAAAGAGCCUUCCAGACUUGACAAUAACCGCUGAGUUUAAACACCUGAUUGAUGCUCUGAAAUUCAUGAAUUGAAAUGUGUGAUCUGCCUGUAUGUCUGGCUUGCCUUUUUCUUUUAAAGUACAAUAACAUGUGUUUAAUGGAUAUAAUUUAAAAUUUGCUGGGUGCAAUAGGGACCAACAGCAGUUGGCCUCAGGGUCCUGCAGAGUUCUAGUUUUCCUACAGUAAUCAACCAGAGGCACGUGGGUGUAUCGUGUAAGUGGGGAUGUAGAUCAAACUGCAGAACACUUUGGUGGGUGGGUGAGAUCGCUCCCAAUUCUUCCUUUCUAGCCAUGAGAGACAGCAGUCACCCAUCUCACCUUAAUCAAACUGGGCUUUCAAUGUUUGUACUCCACAAAGGAGCAUGCCACAUCUGGAUGGGCAGCAUGAGCAAUGGAAGUUUUUAGAAAAAAGGUUUUCGUAUAUAAAAUAACAAAUGCCCUUUAUAAAGUAAAACGUCCUUUUCACAGAAGAAAGUUGAGGAUAUAAAAAGACUUCCAUCUGCUGAAUAUAUUGCCUAAAGGUUUGGUGAAGGCCAAAGUCUUGAGUCUUUUGCUUCUGGGAACUUGGAAGACCUAAUUGCCUCCCUGUAGUUUUCAAAUUGAAGGAGAUUUAUCAUUCAAACAAGACUCUGCAGAUCUUUUGUUACCAUUGGGUUUUAGUUGAGGAAAGCAGGUGUAAAACAGGUUUGCUUAUGCGUGCUGUGCUGUAAAAUUCCCACAGCAGGUGUUAGGCAGCAAAGAGACAACUUCUUGGGGCCUUCAAACUGUGACACUGUGCAAAAUUAAGCCGUAAAGGUUGUCAUGGUUAAGAUCAUUGAUUGGCCAGCACUUGGAAAGUCUAAUGUACAUUUACUGUGCAAAGGAGGUAACAUAAUGGUGGCUGCUCAGGAAAUGCUUUACGCUCUAGUUUUUAAGACCUUUUCACAAAUGUUUCAACUAAAACUUCAGGUGAGUGAUGGACCCAGACAUAAUUUCCAUUAAAAAUAUCUUGAAUGCUAGUCCCUCGUGGCAAUCUACUAUUCUAAUCAUGCUCUGGGUGCAACAAUUCCUCAUUUCUAAGGGGACAAUGAUUGAAAGGUAUUUUUAAAAUAAUUAUUCAGAGGCUAGGAACCAAGAAGGCCUGGAGAGAGACCGGGAACCAGCAAGGCCCGAAGAGUAUCAUUGGGCUCUGCAUACAGAGCAGUGUCCCAAAAUGCAUUCUGUCAUCUUCAUCUUGUACAGCAGGAAGCAAUUCUAGGAAGGCGGUAUUUAGUGCUCAUUGCAGAAUAUUCAACAGAUGAAAACUGUUGAAGGUAGAUUUUAUGUUCAUGCCUCUAAUGCUGCAAAUUUCACUGGGGGAAAAAUCAAACCUGGAUUUAAUCUACAAGUGCAGCCUAUAAAUAAAAAUGGGUGCAGUAAAGACAAUGAUUCACAUCUACAUAUGACAAUACAAUAUAAAAAUGUGCACAUUACUUGCAGUUUACAUAGAACAUUUUGCUACAGAUGUGCUUCAGAGGAAUUACUGCUGACAUUUUUGUUAGUGUGUCAUUGAAUUCAGGAGGAUUCAAUAGAAUAUUUGCAUACCCAAAAUGAAGUGGUUCAAUCAAAGGAGUCUUGCUCCUUACUCCAUAUGGCCUUCCAUAAGCCAGCCCCAUUCCUGAAAGUGGGCUGGAACUAAUAUAUUGUGUCAUGAACAUGGUAAGGGGACAUACCUUAGGAUUUAUGCACCAGCAGAUCUGUCAGAGGAGGCAUGGAACUGGAAGAAGAUAUUUUUAAGCAGGAUUUCAGGUAGAAACAUACUAAAGUCGUCUUUGUUGGUGGAACAUUAAGAACAGCUUCAUAAACUUGACUUCUUGUUGCAAUCAAAAGUCUGUGUCAGUGUUUAAGUAUGGUGUGCAAUUGUGUAAGAUUGGAGUUAACCAGUUUUAUGCUGUCUGUGGUUUAUGUUGUGUGAGCUGGUUAGUUUUUGUUUUCAAAACUUGUAUACAAGGCUUCUUAAUAUAUAUAUAUGAUAUGUUGCACAGAUGUAUAUGUGGACAGUCGCAGUCAUUAUUUUUUGUUACAUACUAUGCAAUGUUAAAAUGAGGACCUAAGAACCUAAUUACUGUAAGUUUCAGAAAAGCAUUUUAAUAGACUUUUUCCUGUUGGAUUUGCUUCAUUCUCAUUCAUCAAUAAUAUUGUAUAGAAGAGUAGAAAUACAAAUUAUAAAAGCUAUUGGUGUCAGUGUCUGUGUAAAUUGCUUAGGGAAAGGCAAUGUGAAUUACGGUUGAUAUGAAUCAAUCGCACUGAAGGUCAUUAUGAAUGUUGUGCAAGUGAUUUUCCUUUUGGCUUUUUGAGUGUGAAAAGCAAGACCUUUCUGCAGAUGGGCCAUUGUUCUCCAUAACCAUUAAUAGAUGUCAGUGAAUGCCUCGGGGCAGGGUUAACAAAUACCAAUCAUUGUCGCAUUCCAUCAAAUCUGAUGGACUGUAGCUCUUAAGUUAGACACAUGGUCAACACAUGUUAUGCAGCUCAUGUCUGCAUUGUUUAGCACCAUACCCAUGGGUGCUUUUUCCUUUUUGCUGUUUUGUGCCUCUCAAUUAACUCUUAGAACUGAAGUUUUAAUGUAGGAAUCAAAGAGUUAUAAUGUCUUAAUAUCAGUUCACUGCAUUUUUUUGUAUUAUGCUAUGAUAUAAUUAGUUGUGGAAUGUAGGGUUCAGACAUGUACUCCCCCCUCUGUGUAAUAUUCUAAUGUACACAUUUAUUUGUUUCUCCUAAAAAUAGACAUCAUAGACAUCAAUGGCCAAAAUAACAAAUUAUGUACAUAUUUACAGAGACAAUUAUAUACAUGCAUACCAGUAUGUUCUAAAGUGAUAGGAUGUAAUACACUGUUGGUUGCUAAAUAUUGUUAUCUACACUGCAUGAACAGAAAUUCAAUAGCAGGCUUGCCUGUCCCUGCCUUCCAUCCCUAAUUAGAGCACAUGAUAUUCGGGAAGGCAGAACGUUUCUGAAAAGAACAUUUGACUAAUACCUAAAUCUGGGUAAAAUAUAGAUGGAAAGCAGUAGGAGAAAGGUAGAUUGGAACUUAGGGUAGCUAAAAAAAAGAAACAACUCUACAAAGCUCCUCCUCCCAGCUGUGCAGGAAGGGGGGGAGUAUAUGAGUCCGAUGGUUGCCUUGGGCUCACUGAUGUAGCACUAAGCCGUGGUUUAGGCAUGCAAACACUGCUAGCAUUUGACAGCAAAAUCUGUGGUGGUUAAUUAUGAGCUUCCUUGCUGCUGCCAAAAAUAAAGUGGAAUAAAUGUUGUGAGUCAGACCCUAAGUACUACUGGAUAGAACUAAUGUGAAGGAAGUAAUUGGGAACUGAAAUUCAUGAGAGCGCAUAUCUGUAAAUCAGCCUGGCAAAGAAGUUGGCAUAGACUUGGAUGUUGGGUUUCUGUAGCUUGGAAACAGACUGCAAGCGAUCGCUGAUGGACCUCAGUAUCUGCUUGGGUGUGAUCGCCUGCAGUUUAUGUGACUCGGGCCAUCGAUACUAAAGUUCAGCUCAUAAGUCUAAAUGAUGCCUUUGAAAGAAUAAAAGCUUGUCUUGUACUCUUCCCCCUCCCAUCUCUCUCCAUCCCCCUCACUAAGCUAAAUGCCCACAGCAAUGAAAAAUCAAUAGGCAGGUAGAGGUUGCCAUUGCAGGGAUUAAAGCUAUUGGAGCUGGGAGAAUUUGAGGAUGAGAGCUUGAUCUCCUUGGAAUCGAUGCUCUGACAUGUCACACAGCAUGAAUGUGCCCCUGAUUGCCCUCUUGCUUUAUCAUCCAUCUGCCUUGGCACAACUAUUCUCCUGAAGCCCCGCGGCCUGGACAUGCACACACUUCUUAAGGAUGGGACAAGAAGUCCCAAAGAUCAAGAGGUGGCUUAUGUGUGUUUACAUUGAAGAGCGGUUGCCUUUCUUGUACAUUCUUCUGGAAAGUACCGUUUGAUCAAAAGAAGAGAGGAAAGGGAGAGAAGGGAUGUUCAUGAGAAGAUAAGAGUGUUAAGUGCAUAAAAGUGUUCCCGUAUUUGACCAGUUGGUGCUAAAGUGGCUAGAUUUAUAGAUGGGAAGUAAAUGUUGACUGUUGUUGUGGUGUGUUAUGGAAAGAGUAACUUUUUAUGCUUACAUUAUCUCUUUAUGUAUAUUGCUUUCUGCGGUGUUUGGCUGUGAUACAAGAUCCAGCUGUACGAAAAGUUAUGGGUAUGGGAUUGAACCACAGAUAAUUCAAGAAACAAGCUUGCACUUUUAAUAAAUAACUACCUUAAAAAUCAUUCUACUUAGCUUAGUUUUGUUGAUUUGCAUGUCCUUUCACGCAGUGUAGCUUGGUUUUGAUGAGAAAAGGACAUAGCAUGUUAAAAGCUUUCCAGUAGCUAUUGCGCCCACCCAUGAUUCUGUCGCCACUGUUGAUCAUUAUUGUUCUGUUCAAACCCAAGGCUCUUAUUUAUGAGUUGCUGCUCUUCUUCAGUUGAUUCUGUCUUUAAAUACAGUGCAAGAAAGGAUAAUACAGGUGUCUCUUGGUUCGAAAUAUGCAGAGGAUGCUCCUGCAUUAUUGGCAUAUUUCUUGCAGGCAUAAAAUUAAGGCUGCCCAGCUUUAAUCAGUCUGCCUAGUAGAUAGAGUAGGCAGACUUUGGUUGACUGCCCAGCAUUGGCAUAUGAAAAUUGUUUUUUUAUUGUUUUUUUAUUGUUGGAUAUGAAAAUGAAGCAACCCUUUGUUGUUGUUUUUGUAGACAUUUUGCAGUACUGUAGUAGGAAUGGUUUCUGGUAGCUUUUCCUAUGAGCAGUUAGGAGUAGCUUUUACAAUCAGGGCUAUUCCUGGCCCUACUUUGUGCACUGCAAUGUGUAUGAGAGGCCUAUUAUUAUGGAAAGGGACAGCAGGCAUUGGCACCCCACUUUUGUGCAUGCUGCUCGGUUUACAUUGUUCCAUAGAAUGUCCCUUGUGUUUUAUAUUUCAGUAUUCUAAAAAAAGGAAGAAGCUGGACUGAAGUUUUGAUAAGAUGAAGUGGAUUUUAUUUAACUGCUUAAAAGCUUGGUGAUCAUAGCAGAAGCUGAUCCAUCUUUAGGCUGUUUUCUAUGAACUGAGAUAGAAAGGGAUCUUAGUGCUCAUUUUCGGCAAUAAAUCAUUACUGUUUACCCACCCCUCCACCCUUCCAUUGUUGCUGAUUGCAUCCCACUUAUAUGAUCCAACUAAUUUGAAGCAUUCAGGUGCCAGUGCAGGGUUACAAUAGGAAUAAGAGGGUGAAGCUAGAUCUUUGACUCGUUGGCACAAUGGAAAUUGGGUAGCAAGAUAGUCUUGGCUGUUCCUGAAAAUGUGAUAGGUUGUUGCAGUCUAUUAUAAGGCAGUAAUUUCAGGUCUGAUGAAGUCUCUCAAGUACAGGGACCUGAUUCUGCUCAACUGUGUAAUUGUGAUGGAAGUGGGCCAAUCAGAGACAACAGCUUUGGCGCAACCUUUUGGGAGUUUUGUUCCAGCAGAGCAAGUGAAGGGGGGGGGGGGAAUGAGAGAAGUUACAAAUGAUAAGUUGCUCUGCCUGGUUUUGUAAUGAAAAAGUAAUAAACGGCCUGGUUUCCCAUGGAAGCCUGACGAUUACAGAGCAGCCGCAACUCUAUGCCUGUAUCCAUGUUUUAUUUUGAUCAUUGCAGCACAGCAGAGACAGGUAAUUAUCAUAAUCUAACAAUUAGCCUGGCAUCCUUUCCCAGUGUUUAAUUACCCAGAUAAAUAGUAAUUGAAUAGAGAGGACUUAAUGAUAAAAAAAAACUUUCCCUCUGUCUCAGUGCUUUCCUGGCCUGAGCGUGACUUUUUAGUACUGUUAUUGUAGAGGUCUUAUUAUUACUUUAUAUCCUGCCUUUCUUCCAAGUUGGGAUUCAAUGCGUGUUAACAAGAAGGUACAAGACAUUCUUAACUACACUGGGACAUAAAACAGACGAUCUAACAAUGGUCAUCAUCCUGGUACUUCACUACCCUAAUUUAUUUGUUUUGUCCUACUUGAUUUUUUUUUAAAGUAACAAAAUGUAACCUUUCCAAUAUGCUGCCUUCUGCAACUAGAAUAAUGCAUUGCUUUUUUAAAAAAGUGAAUAGAACUGAAAUUAAUACUUUGUCUGAUUAUUCCGUUGUUCUUUGAGUUGGAAUCAAUGAUGUUUUCAGCACUGCCUGUGAACAGUUUAUUGGGAGGCAUGGCAAUUCUGACAAAAGGGCAUGAUUUCUUUAAAGGAGCUUGUUUAUGGGUAUUUCUGAAAUAGUGCUUUUGUAUAAAUUCUCAGCAUCCAAAUGAUAGACGCAAGCACUAUUUCUGCAAUAUCUUUAAAUAAAUUGUUUUAUCCUCCAGCAAGCUUAAUUACUAACCUCUAGCUUUUUAAAUCAUUACGUGGGAGAGAGUAUUGAGAAAAACGAAAAUGAAUGUAUUGAGCUGUUCAAAAGAAUAAUGGAGUGAUGAUUCUUCUGUUGAGAGCUCACAUUGGGUGGUAUUUGGAUGUAUCUUGAACGUUGGCUGACUUAUGGGUUUGAAUUCAUAUACUCCUCAAGUAAUCUAUAAACCACUGGCAGUCUGUUAACUAAGCUACGAGAUGGGUGGUUUGCAGAGCAAUGCUGUACUACAGUGGAUUUGGUUGAGGCAGAGAUACCCCCUGCCCAGACAAAUAGUGGACAGACAUGAUAGCUAGUGGGGACUUCUAAAAUAGGGCAUUUUGGAGGAAAGGGGUAGGAUUGAACCAGGACAGGACCUGCUGGAUCCUGUGCAGCAUAGCUGUCAACGUUUCCCUUUUUUAAAUGGAAAUUCCCUUAUUCCGAAUAGGAUUCCUCGCAAGAAAAGGGAAAAGUUGACAGCUAUGUUGUGCAGCCAUCACAUGCCAGCAACAGGCCCCAUCCAAGCCUUUUCACUGGCACAGCAAAGAGAAUUCCCUUCCUUCCUCUGCCCAACCUUCCACCUUGGAAGGUGUGAGCAGUAGCGUUGUGGAUGUGGUGGUAUUCACAGCACACUAUUAAUCCCAUCACUGCCAUCCAAGGGUUUGGAUUCAGCACUUUAUGUAGGUUUAUAUAUGAAAUGCAUUUAAACAUAAUCCUAGGAGUGCAUCUAAUAGCCUUGUUCAGCUGACAGUAAGGGGAAUAAACCAGUUUUUGGCGAUUUCCACAGGUGGCAUUGUUGGACACAGCCUUCAGUGUUUUAUGAUAGGCUUCUAAGUUUAAUAUAAAAAACUUCUUCAAGUAAGAUAUAUAAUUGUGCAACUGUAUAUUGUAAUAACUUUUUCACACAACAGCUGUUAAUUAAAUUAGCAAUGUUAGGACGAGACAUAGGAGCCAACUCCUAGGGGCCAAGGUCCCUUUGUCCCCCCUAUAAAAUAUUUGGGUGGUCCCCCUUAAAAAUUAAUAGGCAUUGCUAUUCGUGUGUGUGUGUGUGUGCGCGCGCGCCAUGUCAUGUGAUCACUUAUGUGUGUGGGGCCUUACCUGGGCUCCCCCAAUAUUUUAUUCAAGUUGACACCCCCGGGGCGAAAGUAUUGUUACCCAAUUCAAAUGUGAAUAAUCAUUUACCUGAUUUGUCAGUCUAAAGAUUCUGAGAUCUGAGGAAGAAUGCCAUCCUAAUACUUAUAAUGUGCUUGUGUUUAAACAGGAGGAUUUUUCCUUCUCUGUAAAGAAAACUCUCUUCCAUGAUAUCUGAAAAUAGAGAGCAGUUUGAAACAGAGGUGCUGCUGCUAGCAUAUGCACCUUAAAACACAGAAUAUGACUAAUAUAUAUUCUUUGUAUGGGACAAGCCACAAGCAGCAGCUAUUGCCAUUCUUUAUCCAUCUAUAUGAUAAUGGGCAAUUAGUGUCAGUGGUGCUAUUUUUUAUGCCAGGAUUUUAUACUGUUUAUUUUUUUAACGGAGGGAAGUGAAAGAGAGAGCAACAUGCAAAAAAUGCUACUGCAUUCUAAAUAUCUAGUUAAGCAGACCUCUUAUAGCCAUAGCCAACAAAGUUUAUUAGAUUCAAGACAAGACUCGCAUAUGCUUCAGAAUUACAAUUAUGAAAAAAUGCACAUGGUACGAGCCGUGCCUGCAUUUUGUAAUGAUGGAUAAACACCAGAGCACAGGAAUUAAUUUCAAAACAUUUUGUCAGUCUUGAGUAUUUCUUUGGUUGAAAGUGUCAGCCCCCCAUAUUCAGCAUUCCUGCAGCUGAAACAAAUAGGAGAUGUCUGAGAAGCACGUAUCCUUACAUCUGAUGAUCUGAACCAAUCUUUGCUGGCCUGGAAUCAAUAUGAAUUCUUAUUUGCUUGCUGCAGAGGUGCCUUGGCUGAGGAGCUACUUAACUGUCUCAGGCUUUGCCAUGCCUUUUUAGAGCUUUACUGCCUAUUAUCUAACUCAGUAGCGUGCAAGUUUCCAUGACACUGUAUGAACGUCACCUGACUGAAUGUAAAGGUUAAUUGUGGUUGAAGAAUAGCAGUGCGUUUUCUUGUAUGUAACUGAUAAUGUAAGGAGGCAAAAUGCAUUAUUUGGAGUGGGGGGAAACACUUGUGGUUCAGGAAUUUUAUUUUAGCUCUCUAGCCUAUUCAUUUUGAAGAAAAGACUGACUUAUUCCUUCCUUACAUUAUAGUCUCAGCUAGCUUUGAGUAGGUGUGUGUAUUCUGAGCUUUCUACAUGGAGUAGACGUGUAAGAAGUUAGUUGCCCAACCUAGUGACAUUUGGGGACUCAUUUGCAUACUGUUUAGGGGAAUCUACAAGAUUGGGGUUUAAAUGACAAAACCAGGAAAAUCUGUAGCCUCUGUGAAUACUGUAGAAGAGCAUACAGUUUGCAUUCUAGCAAAAUGUGAGGAAGCAGCUGUACAGCCUGCUUUUUUUAUCAUCUUCUCAAACAUGUUUGUAAACUAAUUUCUUCUUUCCUACACUGUUGCACUUUUCAGUCUUGGUUUAGAGCAGGUAAAUUAGUUUUGAACUGAAACAUUCAUCUCAUUCUGAUAGCUGGCUAUUUUUCUUAAAGUAUACCUUAAAUGUAGUUUCUGAAAGUUAAAAAUGCUUCCUUUGAAUUCAAGAUGGGGUUUCUGAGGAGGAAAUAAUGACUUUUAGCUUUGAUCUAGUAAACUAGGCUUUCUGUUUGCUAAUCAAUAUAUUCAAGUUUCAGAUAUGAUUUACCGGUAAAUAGUCUGGGUUUUUGGAAAGAAUUUAAAAUUGCCUGAUACUAAUAAAAUGAAAUAUAAAAUGUAUAAGCUCUCUAGCAAAUAGCUUUAAUUAGUAGCCAUCCACUUUAGUACUUACACACUUAAUGCAAAUAUCCAAAUAAGGAUGGGAAUAAGUUGCCUCUUGCUUCUCAGCCUUGAGUAGCUACGUUGCCCCUUCUAAAUAUUGCUUUGAUUAACUCAUAAUAUGAGAGGUCCUGAUCUUCUUUCUGAAAUUUAUCAUUCCUCCAACAAACCUGCUGUAAAUCCCCAUUGGCAAAAUUCAAGGGAACACAGAGGGCAAAUAGCUCCAGGGAUUAUAAUUUUCAGUGGGGUGAAAUCACAGGAAGAAAGGUUUAAAAUUCCUUCUCUGAUAUACGGCAGCCCUGUCCAGUAUCAGGGAUCUUCAUUGCUGCUUUUUGUCAAAGAAAAAGGCUCUAGGAAUUCCAGUCAUGGAAAUCCCUCAUCUACUUUGCCUUAGUGGUUAUGGCAGAUAUGAGUUCUGAAAUAAAGUCCCUUUACUGGGUUUCAAGAGAAAACCAUGUGGUGAUGUGCACUGGCCAGAAUUAGAUUUAGCAGGCUUUUGUUCGUACACUAAACACAAUUUCUCCUUUGUUAAAAACCUAUUUUAUGGUAGCUAAAUGAUUGUAGGAGAUGAAUAGAUUGCUCUGAAUAUAUCCUUGGAGAAGACCCAAUGAUCAUUGCUUCCCCCCCGCCUCACCGCCCUAAAUUGGAUGGAAGUAUCAAGUUGGCAGAUUUCAGGUCCAUCAGGUGCUUAAAAUAUGUGCCUCAGGUGAAAAGGGACAUUAUAGUUAAAUAUGUCACGGUAUCUUUAUUACUAUCUCUGCACUUUACAGUGGCUGCUGUCGAGGAACAGAAGCCAUAUGUAGUGAUAAUGUGGUGGUAAGAAUAAGUACAGACUGGAAAGAAUAGCUGGUAGAAGUCGAUGCUUGUCUCUGUGGAACUAUAAGGUAAAAGGGUAAAGGACCCCUGGAUGGUUAAGUUGGCAGAAGCUGGGACAGAGUAAUGGGAUCUCACGCCGUUGAAUGGAUUUGAACUGCUGACCUUCCGAUCACCAAGCCCAAGAGGCUCAGCGGUUUAGACCACAGCGCCACCCACAUCCCUGUGGAAGUAUAUAUGCUGCAGGUAUACAGUGUGGUCUAGAACCACUAUUUCACAAGACAGCUUCUGUUAACUUUAUAUUCCUACUAACAGAUGAGAAAUGCUAUGGGGGAAAACAUGGAAACAUACCUUUGAACCACUAAGGCACUCUAAAUUUAGAAGGGAAUCACUUGGAGGGCUUUAGGUGAAAUGUGGACCAUAUCAUGCAACCAUGACUAGUUCACUGAAAAGUUAUGCAUACUUUCGAAAUGUCCACAGUGGCUUAUGCGAUACCUGUGAAAAUAAAGCUUUCACUGAUGAUAUUACUACUACUACUAAUUUAUUCAAACCUUGCCCACCUGGCUGGGUUGCCCAAGCCAUUCUGGGCGGUUUCCAGCAGAAUAAAACAUCAAAUAUAAAAACCUUCCUGAUACAGGACUGCCUUCAAGUGUCUUCUAAAAGUUAUGUAGUUAUUUAUCUCCUUGACAUCUGAUAGGAAGGUGUUCCACAGGGUGGGCACUACUACUCAUAAGGCCCUCUGCCUGGCUGCCUGUACAUUCACUUCUCACAGUGAGGGAACUGUCAGAAAGCCUUUGGAGCUGGACCUCAGUGUCUGGGCUAAAUGAUAGGGCUGGAGACACUCCGUCAGAUAUACAGGACUGAGGCCAUUUAAGGCUUUAAAGGUCAGCACCAACACUUUGAAUUGUGCUCGGAAAUGUACUAGAAGCCAGUGUAGAUCAUUUAGGACUGGUGUUAUAUGGUCCCGGUGGCUGCUCCCAGUCACCAGCCCAACUGUCACAUUCUGGAUUAGUUGUAGUUUCCAUGUCACCUUCAAAGGUAGCCCCACGUAGAGCGCAUUGCAGUGGCCCAAGCAGGAAAUAACCAGGGCACUCUGGCAAGACAGUGCGCAAGCAGGUAGGGUGUCAGCCGGCAUACCAGAUGGAGCCGGUCGACAGCUGCCCUGGAAACACAAUUGACCUCCAUGGACAUCUGUGAAUCCAAAAUGACUCUCAGGCUGCACACCUGGUCCUUCAGGGGCACAGUUACCUCAUGGACCAUCUCUAACCUUUGCAAUGAAUGUAUGUUUGAUUCAUGUUCCAAGAGUGUUUUGCUGUAAAGAUGCACUCCUGUGAGUAGAGAGUAGUAGGUAGAGAGGACUCAGUGGGACUAAAUUGCUGCGCCUGGGCUGUGUGUGAAAGUUACUCUCUCAGGUGAUUGGCAAGCUUCCGUAUGCAGUGCAUACAACUCCCACCUGCAGUACACAGCUGAGAGUUGGGCGAGAAAUAUGUUGGCCCUACCUGGCACUAAGCUCCUGCACUUCUAUUACAAUGACAGUAAAAACAGCCUCACUACUGCUGCAGCUAAUACUGCUUACCACUGCUGAUAAUAAAAGUGCAUCAGUGAAAGUGCCUUGUACUACCUUUCUCAUCUGGCUCUCAUUCCAAACUGUCAGGUGAGUGCUGAUAAUUCAUAGUCUAGAAUUCUUUUAUCUGAGCAGCAGUAUCUCUUCUAUGCACUUUGGCAGUGGAGUUACAUUGCUUUUCAAAAAUAUUUCAAAGGUAUACUUUGCUUUCUUGGAUCUUGACUAAACGUUGCCAGCAGCAAAGAGAAAGCAAAGAUGAAUGAGUGUUUGUAGGAAAUAAAUGUAUGUGCCUGUAAUGAGAUUUGGUUGUGGUACAGAAGUGAUAUCUCCCAUUUGGUGUUUGUGCUGUAUGAAAGUAUGUAUAGCAUUUCUGGUUUUUCUCUUUAAUAAAGAGAGAGAUGAAACUGAGUUUCUCUCACAGUCCCCCUCCCCCCAUAUAGAAUAUAUUGAUCUGGAGGCAAUUGUAGGGCAAAGGACACAGACAGAACUGUUAGGAGUCUUGCUCCGUGUUGCAGUCAUGGGAUUGUUGUCUAUCACAUGGCGGUGUAUGUUUUCAUUCCACAGUGUGGGAAGUGAUGAAGACAGGAUGUUUAUAUUACUGUGUUUGUGAAGUGGCACUAUUGUCCUUUGUUCUUUCUCUCUUUGCUGUCUGAUGAGAAAGAGGAAGGCGCUAAGUCAGAAUGCUCCAAGUGUAUUAUAUGUAAAUAAAGUAGAUUAGCCAAAAUGCUGUGAUACUGAGUUCUGUUACGCAAACUGCAAAUACUCUGCGGAUCACUAAGUGUGCUGAUGCCUCUUGGUAUCAUGCCAGUCUGGCAUGUGUCUCUGCCAGGAGAGCAGGACAAUCCUAACAAGAACUGGUUGUGGCCCUUCAGUUAAAGGGCACUGAGUACAAAGUUAUGGCUUGAAAUAUUUCUUGAGCUAUUUCCCAUGCUUUUGACAAAGGAAAUACCCCAAGGGUAGUAUUCAACAUUGCACUAUUGCAAAGGUUCCAUCUACGCAGACAUAACAGGUUGCCUGAAGGAACAAUUCUUCCCUCCCUUGUGUGCUGUCCUGGGGGUUCUCAUGAAACACAAACACGGAGCCAAUACAGGGGAUGGGAAAGCCCCAUUGCGCAAGUGGAAGUCCUUGUGAAGGGCUUUUUCUGAGAGAGUGAAUCCUGAUCAAGAUAUUAAUUUUUUGUGACUUUAAGUAAUUUUUUUGUCGUGAAGAUUUCCUGAACUGGUUUUGUUUUGUUUUUCCUUUUAGAUUCCAGCGGGGUGACUACCAUAUUGAUGUCUGCAUCAAUGACUAUUUGGAUGUAUUCUGUCCUCAUUAUGAAGAUUCAGUGUCAGAAGAUAAGACUGAACGCUACAUCCUUUACAUGGUGAACUUUGAUGGCUACAGUUCCUGUGAUCACACUUCCAAAGGAUUCAAGAGGUGGGAGUGCAAUCGGCCUCACUCUCCGAAUGGACCAUUGAAGUUCUCAGAAAAAUUCCAACUCUUCACUCCCUUCUCAUUAGGAUUUGAGUUCAGGCCAGGCCGGGAAUAUUUCUACAUCUGUGAGUAUUUGGAGAUUUAUAAAAUGUUGUAUAGCAGCUGGAGGAAACCAUGGCAGUUUUUCACUUUUGCAAAAGGCCAGUCUGUAUGUGCUACAGAUGUGUCUUGAGUAUAUACUUGUAGAUCUUGGGAUCCCUAGAUAAAAUCACCAGGAGUAUGGGAAUAAAAAUGAGAUAUAAAAUAUGUCUGCCUUUCCCCACAUGAAACUGCAUAUCCAGCUGCAUUCAUGUGAAAUAAAGCAACGCCACUGAGGUUAUUCAAGAGAACUUCUCUUACUCCCACAUACACCCUGGUUCACAGGCAUUUAAAUAACAAUAUCAUUACAGUAAUGUUUUUCAUUUAUGAGGUUCACAUUCAGGUGCAAAGAGGUGUCCCCAAACACUUGUUGAUUCAAUAGAAUAGUAGCUACACUCAUUUUGAUGGACUGAUGUAGAGUGAACUCUAUGCUUGUAACAGUGAAGAAAUGUCAGUAUGACUCUCCUUUGAUGGUUCUUUACUUCAUAUUAUUCUUUGUGAACGGAGCAGGAGACACUGCUGAAAGUGCAGAGUACAUUUGUUAAACUUAAGUAUUAAUGUUCUUGUGAACGCAACCUCAUUAUGUUCAUUUGAACUGCUUCUCAGUUUGGAGACGUGCAAAGUGUCAUUGCAGAAAGUGUAUAGUAACAGACUAUCCACUCCAGAUAUGCAAGAUUCUUUCAUUUUUUCAAAGAAGCUGUUGCAAUGUCCUUGGCGACACAAAAAUGGUUAUCAGUGAAGAAAUGUUCCAAAUGCUAUAUCUGCAAAUAGCGCAGUCCAGCAUUAUUACAGUAAUGUCUUGGGAUAAAUGGCAAUCUUCACCAAGUCAAGGAGACUUGUUACUCAGAACAGCUGUUUCUUUGAGCAUGUGGGGGGAUGCAAAAUGCAUUGGGAGCAGGUUUUCAAGCAAAUAGUGAUGAAGGGAUUCACACACCUGCAUCCUUUAAACAAGCACACACUCCCUCACUAUCAGGGCACUUUGCCCCCCCACCCCCCCAAGGAGAUUUGAAGCUGGCUAUGGCCUUUAGGCCUGGCGUGCUCUGGUCCAUGGGGUCACGAAGAGUCGGACACGAUUAAACAACAACAUGGCCUUUAUGUGAUGCAGUGGGAGAAACAAAUCCCAGAAAAAGCAUAAGCCUUUUAGCUGCAUACGAAAGUGAUGAAAUUAGCUCUUCUUUAUCAAAGAGCUCCUUUCCUUUACCUUACACAUCUAGAGUCCAAUACUUUACAAUUAGUUUCAGCAUUGCAGUAGCCAUUUUUUCCCAGCUGUUAUUUCCUCAGUGAAACCAUUAUCUCACUAAACUGGUAGCAUCUAUUCUUCUACUUUAUGCCUUCAGUCUCAUGUUUCUUAAAAAUAAAUAGGGAAAUUCAUUCUUGCUGAAAUACAUGAAUGCUUCUUCUACUUAAGCAACCGGGCAUCACAGGAAAACGUACCUCUUUGUACUUUUGUGUGCUCGCUCUCAAUCUUACACUCUCUCCACGUGCCAAAGCGUAAUGAAAAUAAAUUGGAACAGUAACAGUUGAAUUGUUUCACUGCUUACUUUCGGAGAUGUGUCAUGUGAAAACAUGUCAGAACUAAACUCUGGUUCAUAUCCUGUUAGUAAAUAUGAAAGGAAUCCCAGUCAAGUGGAGAUGGUUGUGAAAUGAAUUAAUUUACAUCAUAUGGUACCGAUCUCACUUAUGCAAACAUCCCCCUUGACUUUGGAGAGUUUGUGUCUCUAAAGGGAUGCAGAACUAUAUCUCACUGCAGUGAGCAAUAGGUUAGGUAUUAUUGUGAACUUUGCUGCUUGAAAGUUCUAACAAUUAAACUAGCCAAGGAAAUUUAAAGUGAGGUAUAACUGGGUAUGUGCAGCAACCAAUAAGCUCCUCUUGUAUAUGUAGCGUUUGGAAGCAUCCUCAUCUGUUUUAAGAUCUGCUCUGUAUUAUUCUGAUUUGAAUCAUUAUUUGGGUCCAAUUCUGAUCUGUUAAAUUCAAAGCUCAGUUCUAUCUCUAUUGACCAUAAUUAGAAAUCUAAAGAUGGAUAUCUGGUUUUCCUCCCCUGCCUUUUCACUCAAGUGUUUGAAAUUUGCAGGGAAAUUUCUUGAGCAGGUUCAGUCUGCCAAAUCCUUUAAGGGGUUUUAAAAAUAUUACUUGAUGCUCCAUCUCUGAGGGCAGAUUUCUCUCUACCCUCACAGAGAAAAAUGUGAUCUGUCCUAUGGACUCUGGGACUCCCUCCCCAAAACCACAGGAUUGCAGGGUGCAUGUACAAACUGUUUAGUCGAAACCACUAUUUGAUUUUUAAUUUUUAAAAUUUGUAUUCUGUUUUCCAACAACUAAAGUUGAGCUAACAGCAGCUUGCAAUAAUAACAAUUGCAUUAAAUUAGCAGGCAUUCCAAUCACUGUAUGAAUAUUAUAAACAAAGUAGCAUGUAAAGAAGGCUAAAAACGAACCGAUUCAUUUAAACAAUUAAUGCAGUUCAGUACAAACUCAAGUGCUUCAAAAUAUCAGGAAUAGCUGUUGAGCACCAGCCCUGUCCCAGUUGACGUCCUCUCUCUGGGAAAGGGUUUCUUUACCCAGUGUGGCAGCAGUGCACUCCCAGGCAGCAGCAAGACCUUUCAUAGGGGAGUAGGAUAAAAAAAAUCUCAUUGCUAUGUACUAACUUGCUUAUUAGAAAAUACAGAAUCCGUUGAACUAUAUAAGCAGCACUUCGCUGCCGUUUGAAUUAAUGUUAAAAAUGCACCCUAGUGCUUGUAACACCUUUUUUUCUAAUUUGUGGUUAAAUUCAAUAUUUUUCUUUUUUAAAAAGUCAUUGUGUUUUCUAUAACAUUCAUUUAGCAGAAUCAUUUAACUGUCAAUGGUUCCCAUUAACGUAAUUGUUUCAUAGUACUUUGAAAUAUCAAGAGUUUUAUGCUCUUCAUCUAAGCUGCAGUUACUUUUUUUAAUGAAAGGUAAAAUAGCACAAAAUUAGGAAUGCAAUGAUAUAUUUUUAGCAGCAGCAUUUUGGCAUUGCAAUUGGUGAGAUUACCAUAAUUUUUUAGCCAUAUUUCAGAGUCUUAAAGUCUUAAAAAAACAUUUUCCACGCCCCGCAAAAUAUCACUGGAUCACAUCUUCUACAGCAUAACUGUGUAAUUCUUGUAUAUGAUUGAACUACAUCUUUGUAGUAUGAACUGUUCAGUGGUUUCCACUAAACAUUCCCCAAAAGAACAGAUUUUUAAAGGAUUAAACAAACAUUAGGUUAUUUGUUGCAAAUAAAUUUGAACUUGUACCUAUCCUUGGAAACACUGGCUGUUAAAUUCACUGCAUUAUCUAACAGUUAAAUGUCAAAAACCUCAAGGAAGUUGUCAUGGAUUUUUUUGCCUUCUUAUCACAUUUAUUUGAAUGUACAAGGUUAUGAAUCGGUUCAUACUUUUUUGAGUUACUGACAUGUCUUUUUAAGACCCGGAACUCUUUGGUAAGCAGUUGUUUGUUUCAGAAGUUGUAGGCUCUUAAUUUGGUUCUAGAUUGCCAACUUGUUGAACUAAACACAAAACCAAAAGGCUGGAUGAGGUUCCAUCAAUUCUAUUUGGGUUGCUGGAGGGUGCAUAAUCUUAAACAAUGAUGUUCCAUUUUUGUGUUAUUGACCGUUGCUGUUGUUUUCAUCCUUGGGAUACAUUUUUCUUCCUUUGAUCAGUGAUAGCGCUGGGCAUAUUCCCAGUCAAACAGUCCUAGAAAGCCAUCCAGGUCCAUGUAGAACUUGUCUGAGGCCCGGAGCAGGAGUCUUGUUAGAAUAAAGUCAUAAGCUCAAACACAAAAGCAGCCAUCCCUGGUGGGGAGGCCGCAGCCAGCUUAGCCCAUUGAUGCCUGGGACAGCUGCCCCCCCACUACGCAUGGGCUUGAGCCCAUGGAUUAGGAAACUUCAAAAUGGCAUCUAAAUAGCAGGUGCUCCUCUGUGAGUCAUGCUACAUGUGACAAGUCAAAAGUGAAAACUGAAUCCUCUCCUCCCACUUCCAUCUUACUGAAACGUAAACACACUGUUAUGGCUAGCACUUUCUCCCUCCCUACCUGCGAUACCGUAAGUGAUAGGUGAAAGAUACUUGAAGCAUGGGAAGGUGCUCAAUAAACUCUGCUACCCCCCCACUGUAUAAAUGAACGAGACAGACGUAUGGCUGUUGCAUCCGCAUCUAAUUUGACCCUGAGUCAUGUGUGUUAACAAUUUAUUUGUUGGCUGUGAUCCAAGUAAAGGAACCUCAAAUGCAACUGGACCUAUUCUCUUGUUAUCUUUUGGGAUAAUAUAAAUUUCCUCUGGAUUUGUGGAACACUUUCCCCCUCCGGGGGCCUCAUGCCACUGUGAUCUGAGAGAAAUGUGUUUACCAUUUUAUUCACAUAUAGGAACAUUUGAAUUGACCUUUAGGAAUGAAAACUAACUAAGGAAAUUUAUUUAGAUUCAGAGCUUUUUAAUGUCCCAAUAAUACUUCAGGGUAUUGUUUUUAUUGCUAGAUGCCCUUUUAACUUUUCAGUGGAGAUCUGAUCAGCAUAAACAGGGAUGCUGCCCGGACAGCUGUUGAGCUGCUCAAGUGACUCAAGGAAUCCUGACUUUGAUAGCUGGUUCGCCCAAAUUGCUUUCGACAUUCUGAGUGAAAUCAGAGUAAUUGGAAGAGUUUGAUAGAUGUGUGUUUUUAUUUUAUUAUUGGUAUUUUUUGUUCAUGAAACAUUAAACAGACAGACAAGGUAACCUUUAAAAGGGAAUUUUGCUUAAUCUAGUGUGCAGAUUAAAGGACUGGUUGCUAUUAGAAGAAUUAAGUGCUAGUCUUGUAAAAGAAAAGCUGGAACAAUCACCACUGUCUAAUAGAUUUUGAUGUCGGUAGUGUUCUUAAAACCCUCAAAGGGAGUGUUAAAAGCUGUUGCAUAAUUUGGGACUGAAUAAAUAUCUGUGUAAGAGAGUGGAGAUAUGAACCAAAACAGUGCUAGCAUUUGUUUUUGCAGGUCCUUCCCACCUCCCCCCCCCCCACCCCUAAGCCUGUCAGAUAACUAAUUGAAAAGAGAUUAUUUGGAUUCUUGCUGUUAAAAAUUCAAGUGUCAUUAAUGCAAUGGAACAGGGUGUAUAGAAAGGAGAUGGGCUGUGCUUGUAACGUGCAUCUUUGAGAAUUGUCUCAUAUGUAUAUUGUAAGAGGUCUUGGCCUUUGUGGCUGAAUGAAUGGUUUUCUUUCCACGGUUAAUAAACAAGACAAAGGGGAAAGAGUUUUUUCUUUCUCUUCCUGAACAUUAGAUUUAAGUUGUGAGAACCAACAAAUGCAACAGGAGUUUUGAGGCGAGAUAUAAAGAUGUGCCUAUUUUAGAUAUACCGGUAAGAAAAUCGAGACCUUGACCACAAAAUUAAUUAGCCAAGUUUCAUCCAAAGUGGGGUGAUAGGCACAUAUAUGAACAUAUGCUAAACUAAGCUUACUGGUGCAUGUUCUGUGAAAACAUGUAAACCUCCUCCCUUAUUGAUUAGAUGUAUAUUAAUUAGAGGGACACAGGUGGUGGUGUGGGUUAAACCACAGAGCCUAGGACUUGCUGAUCAGAAAGUCAGCGGUUUGAAUCCCCGCGAUGGGGUGGGCUCCCGUUGCUCGGUCCCUGCUCCUGCCAACCUAGCAGUUCGAAAGCACGUCAAAGUGCAAGUAGAUAAAUAGGUACCGCUCCGGCAGGAAGGUAAAUGGCAUUUCCGUGCACUGCUGUGGUUCUCCAGAAGCAGCUUAGAUAUGCUGGCCACAUGAUCCGGAAGCUGUAUGCCGGCUCCCUUGGCCAAUAAAGCGAGAUGAGCACUGCAACCCCAGAGUCGGCCACAACUGGACCUAAGGGUCAGGGGUCUCUUUACCUUUUAUAUUAAUUAUUGUAUUUGCUGGAUUUCAUCUUGUAAUCAGCCUAGCUAAAUACGUACUACGAAUUAGCUAUGAUGUUUUAUCAUUUCAUAGCUAGAACUGGUUAGUAUUACCGUACUGUUGGGAGUCCUUUGCUUUAUCAUAAUAGAAUUGGCAGGAUAUGAAAUGUGAGUACAGGUAUUGUACUAUAUACCCUGCAAGAAUUUAGUGAGUACUUGCCAAACCAGACAUUCUUUUAAUGAAACCAGUUUUGGGAAAUGAUAGUGCUGUUAUACUCUUGUUGUGGAGAUGAGAAGUGUUCUCGCUAGGUAAUUCAGUUUCUGAGAUAACGCACUAAUUGAAUGAACUGCUGCAGUGCUUGUAUGCAUUGUGUAAUAUGGAAUAGAUGCCGGCUGAAAUGAUAUCAGCAAUAUGCAUAAAGUGAUUUGUUCCAGACCUACACCCAUGACCAAUCCACUGGAAUCACUUAAAAAUAACCCAUGCAAUUUUGCUCUGAUUGGUGUCCCUGGUCUGGGCCAAGAAAAUGAGUUGUUUUUGUACAAUGCAGAACAGGAAAGCUCUCUUUCUCCCAACCCAUCCCAUCCUUUAGCCUAGCUCCUACCCCUUAGCCUGACUGUUUCUCCUCUCACUCCUAGCCUUGCUUUCUUUCCCCUCAGCCUCUCCCCUUCUGCUCUAUCCAAGGACCCAACCUUGCUGUUUCUCUCUUCCUCCUCUACCACCACUUAAACACUGAGGGUUGGACCCAACUAAAUUAUUGCAUGCAUGCAAUGACAUCCCUGGGGACAAUGGUAUUCUCCCCUCUUAACUCCCAGCGCUCCCCCAAAACUUUCUCCCAAGACUUCUGAGCGCAUUUGAGUGUAGUGAAGGGACUGGUGGGGAACUGGAAUGAGAGAACUACCAUUGUGCUGGUGAGAGUUGUUCCACACACACAGUGACUUAACUGGAUCCACACCACAGUCGAUUUCCCUGUGCUCUGCCAUUUCUACCUUUUGUGACUUCUGGAUCCUUUUACACCCAGGACUCCCUGCUAUUAGGUGCCAUGUUUUUUUUUGCCCUGCCCUUUGCUCCACCUGCCCUAGUAGGCAAUUGCUGCCAGUGUUGGCAAGUUUGUUUAAGAAAGCCUAAACACCAUACUCUCGGGGCAUUCACUUGUUCCUUGGCAUCACAUAUAAGCAAGACUCAGUGGCUCCGGCUUGCCCCUGUGACCACAGGUGCCUGGGGCUGUGUGCAGUCACUGGGGUGAGCACACACACCAUGGGGCAUGUCCUAUGUCAUCAUUCCCCCUGGCAUGCGCAUACUACAUCAUCACACCCUCUGGUGAUGCAUGUAGCAGGGUGUCGUGGCGUAGUGUGUGCAUGCCCCGCAGCGUACAUGUGCGGCCAUGCCACACUUUGUGGGUGACUGGCCCUCUCAUUAAAAUGUCAUGGGGAACUGGGGACUGCUGGUACUCAUAACAUCAGCACUCUAGUAGCAUUCUGCUGAUAUGCUAAGGUUGCAUGCACAGGCAAGCACCAGUUGCCCAGUUUUCAAAAUAAUAUGUAAAUACCUCAUAAGUAAGGUUGUUUUUAAGAUACACCCACACCCACCCACAGUUGCACAUGUAAAUUGUUAACAGAACUGUGCAGGAUUGAGAUAGCACAAUGUUAACCCUCCCACUUUGAAAUACACAGUGGUAGCUCAUGCGAAGCUGUAUGAAUUAGUCCCAGUCACACACAGGCAUAAAAGUGGGAUUCGUAAUUUAUAUUAAUCACAAAUGUUUCUCCAAGUUUUAUUAACAUGCAGAUUGGCUGCUAAAGUGCUUUCUGGAAUACACCCUCCCACCCUUCUACAGGAAACAAAACAGUAAUUAUUGGUGCUUAUAUAGAGAUUAACAGUUUCAACAGUUCACCUGAGGGUAAAUGUAGUUUACUAUACAUUUAUUUUAACUCGGUUGCAGUUUAUCACUAUGGGAGUGAUCAGUCAAUUGUUUGACAGAAAUGAAAUGGACACGCAAGAUGACUUAAUUCCUUCUGAGCAGAGAAGCAGGCAAAUUAUGAAAGCAGAGUAAGGCUGAACCAAAACCACAAGCACGUGCCAGGUGAGGCUCCCUGGGGAGAACAUUCCAAAAGUGAGGCACCACAGCUAAGAAGCCUCUCUCCCCCAUUGCCACCCACCUCAAUUCAGACUGCAAAAGUACCUGGUGGAGGAUCUCCAAAGAUUGAACAGAUUGAAUCCACUAGCAGUUCUUCCAUUUUGUCUAGAUUAAGUGCCUCUGUAUUGGCUUCCAGGAUGCAAUUCAGCAUAUAUAUAACCGAUUCCUGUUUGCAGGUGGCUAUGUAUUGGUUUCAGCACUGGCCCAGGGUGUUGUCUCUGAUUACUCCAGUAGCAUCGAUCACACUCACUAUUGAGGGGAGGAUGCGCAAAAUUCCAGUUGAAUCAAACUCUGUAACAAACCCCAGAACUCUUUGAUUUUAGAAAUUAAUCAGUUGGGUCUCCUGUUGGCCUGCAUGCUCUAAACUGAAAGCAGUGUGUAGAAAUGGAAUAGUUAAAGGAAAGGUGGCAGCAGGAUUAGAAAUGGAAAUAUAGGAGACAAGGGAGGAUGGAAACAAUAGGGAGGUUAAAGGGCAAAGAGGCGGCAGGGAAGGAUGGAGAAAAUUAACACAGACCUAAGAAUCAGAUGAGCUGCAUAAGAUUAGCAGGACCAAGAAGAAGACGAAAUAGAGACAGGUGAGCAGGACAAAAUUGAGCGGGACUGUGAGUUGGGUAGUUUAGGGAGUAAGGAGAUCAAGGAAACAAGAGAGCCUUAAUUUAAAAACAGACGUGAACUCACCAGCCAUCUUUGGGUGCAGGUCUAGAGUGCUAGAUUUCAACAUGGUAUCCUCCAGAUGUUAAUGGUCUAGAGCUUGUAUCAAGCCCUAACUAAGCAUGGCCAGUGGUCAGAGACAAGUGAAUUGAUGGUUCCAGCAACAUCAGGAGGGCACCAGAUUUGCUACCCCGAUAUAGCUUCACUUUCUCCCUUCCCCCGGAGCUUUCAUUUAUGAGAAUGUUUUAGAGAACAACUUUACAGCCCCUAGGAAAAACUAUCAGAAGACAUUUAAUAUUCUGUACCUCUGCAACCAAUUCUGUAUGAGCAAUCCAUGAAUAAUGGGACAGAAUGUGUGGAGCUGAUGGGAAUGAUAAGAAAGAAGUCAGAAUGAAUACAGCUGGCCCUAAGAGCAGUGCAGGGCAGGCUGUCGAUAUGACCUUCACACUUUCCAUGUACUCUACAGGCAGAAAUCAAUUUCCCCACAUACAAGCUUCAGAGGUUUAUCUCUAUUGUUCCGUUGGAUUAAAGAAGAGACAUUACUAGUAUGCUUAAUUCUAUUAGGGCGAAUUCACAUUUCCCUCCUCCUCCUCCUGCUCUCAAACAUGUUUUCUGUUUUUAAGACAAUGGAAAAGUUUUGAAAGGGAGAAAGAAGAUGAUCAAAACAAACCCAUAAAGAUCAAAUUGCUUGCUACAGAAGACACAAACAAGAGGUGGGAGGUAGGAAGAAGCUCAUUAUGAAGAGAUUAGAAAAUUAAUUGAUCCGUGUCUUUGACAGUUCCCACUGGACAUCUGAAGAUUCUGCAAAAUGAAAAUGCAGUCUCCAACAUGACAUUCUUCAGUAUUAUUUCAUUUUCCCCCCUUGUCUAGCGACUCCUCUGAAGGAUCAUUACGUUCCAAUUAUUUUCAGCGAAAUGUUUCAGAAGAAAAGGGCAUGAUAAAAAUCUGCCAUGGUGGUGUAGUUCCCUAGAGAAACCUGCUAAGUCUGUUAUCAGGACUGAAAAAGAGAAGAAUCCUGUUCAGCAUAAAACGUAGAAGCCCUGUGAUGGGGAGGUUUCUCUUUCACAGAGCACUUCAAAAUCCAGGGACGAGCUGUAGGUUCUCGAUUGCUAUCAGGCAAUUGAUGAAUUCAGUGAUAGGAAAGUAAGGUCUGUUGAACUGUCUAAUGUGUGCCUAUUUUAAGCACUCUUUUGGGAGAAAGUGUAGGAAUAUAAACUUCAGUUUUAAAUGCCACAGCAUCAUUUUUAGAAACUGUGAAACACAGCAAACCUGUUCCUCUAAAGAUUUUGGUGGACAUCUCAAUAAAUGGGUUCCGGGUUUUUGUUUUGUUUUCAUUAUUUUAACCCUGACUUGGGGUAGUAAUGCUAUUUGAAAAAGAAUAAUAAAUCAGCCAUGUAACUGCAAAGGUGAGAUACAUAAAUAUCCAAUUUUCAGAUCCUCCCCUCCAUUAUAGUGACUUGAAAUAUCUGUGUACCAGAUUAUAAUAUCCUGGUGAUGUUGAAGGAUCUUAACUUGCCUUGGGUGCAGUGCAGACUCUCCAAACGUCCCUAUUUUCCAGGGACAGUCCCAGAUUUACAGAAGAAGGGUAGGGGUCAUGCAGAUAGGGACUGCUUUUGACACUUUAUUUGCAGCAGCUCACAAUGAGUUAUAUAGGACAAAGUAAAUUGGUUUUAAUUUGGGACACAGUUAAAAAGGGCCAAGGCUUGCCGCUUUCCCUAGGAUCCAGAGUCAGGAGGCUCUGGUGGAUGGCUAGCGGCCAUCUAAAUGGUGUUCCCAAAAGCACUCCUUUUUUUAACUCAACAGAAGUGAAUUGAUGCCGUGUGCUCAUACAGGGAGAAAUGAAAUGUUGUCUCUGGGAAUGCAGUACAACAGUGCAAAUGAAAACACAUUUAGGCUGCAUUCACACAUGUUGUUGAAAUGAGGAUUAGUGUUGCAAGAACAAGCCACUGCAAGCUUUGUUCUCACAUGCCUCCCACUUCCUCCAGCACAGCCAUAAUGAGGAGUUUUGGGAGCUUUUCCUUCUAUUUUAGAUUAGCUGAAGCUUGUUGUGAUGUCUGAAUCCAGACAAACGGUGGCUUAGAUAUGGUUUGUUGAUGCAAACCAGCUUCAAACCAUGAGACCUGAAACUGAUUUAUUUCAACAAAAUGUUGUUAAGAUUAACCACAUGUUAGGAUUUGGAUAUAAUGGUAAACUGCAGUUAAUCUGAAAAAGGAAGUGAAAGCUUCAGCCUCUUCCUCAUCGACACACUGGAGGAGAAGUGGAGAUGGAGAUAGCACACAAGCCUAAGACUUAGUAUUAAGUGCAAGUGAGACUUCUGGAAGUCUAGCCGUUCCACCAAUAAUGUGUUCUGGUAGGUAGAGCAUACAGAGAAACAUUGCAUGGCCCUUAGCAGUUCCUGCAAUAAUUGGGCAAUAAUUUCACACACCCAGUGUUGGGCAGUUUGCUAAUAAUAUUUCCGGCCCUUGUAGAUGUGUUAGAUAUGGUUAUCAAUGCAAUUGACAUCCAUUCUAAUAACCCUAUCAGAAAAUAUUCUGUACUAGUUCACCAGGACAGGGAGGUCAGCGUAAUUCCAGAUGAUGGCGAUGGUAUUCCCCAGCCGGCAUUGUGCAAUGAUGAGGGAUUAUGGGGAGUUUCAGCUGAAAAACAUAUUGAAGAGGUACAGGGCUUGGAUAAGUGUUAGUUGCAGAAUGUGCAUACCAUUGUACCUUGCAGCUGUGUGAUCAUUGCCUGUACAUUAUUCUUUUAUUAACUGCUUUGCCAUGCUUGCCUUUUAUGUAAGAUUAAGGCCCCCAUGUGUGGAAAAGAUUUUGAGAAUCAAUUAUGUACAGCCUUGUAUAAGCUAAUUGAAAUACAACACACAUACAUCAAUAACUAAAAAUACCCUCUGCCUUCAAUAGAUUGUGGAUGUACAUUAUGAUCAUUUAUGGCACUACUGCUGGAAACAGCAAUCAUAUGGCAAAUGAUCCCUGCCAGGGCCAUGAUGUUUAGAAGUACUGGAAGAUCAUAAUUUACAAUAUCUGUGAUAAGUGCUUGCAUCUGUUACUUGAAGGGUGGGAAUAUCACUUACCACAGGGAGGCUAUUUUCCAUUGUCUCCAUAUGGUGCCCACUGUGGCCCCGAGUCCUUCAUUCCUGCAUGCCCUCUUUACCUGACUUUUCCCUAGAUGACCUCUCACAGGUACUCUGAUGCUGCGGUUUUUUAUGGCAUGGAAUAGAUGGAUGUUUUUAGCUCACUAAAACACUGUAGUGUAUCUUUGCUCAGUGCAGGUAUGUAUCAUGCUGUGGUCCAAUGAACUCCCAUCCUUACUAUUUCCUCACAGGAUUGGCUCUGCUAAACAGAAAAACUGGCCAACCAUCCCAUGUCGAAGUGGCAUCUUCUGGGUUGCAUGUACUCUGACAAUAAAAUAAAAGUUGGGUUGUAUCCCUUCUUCUCUUCAGUCUGGUAUAGGUUUCCAUGAACAGAAAAGGGAGGGAAGCAAUUUUUGCAAAUUCGUUCUCUCUGGGGCUCUUUGUGCAACCCCUUUUCCCAAAAGAAAACCUGCUUCAGGGACUGGGGAAUAAUUCAGACCACCAUGAGAGGUAGUAUAAGGGGUGCAGAAGAAAGAGAGAAUUCGAGGGAAAACCACAUAUCUACCUGUCACUGGAAACAAGGAGGGAGUGUUCAUGUGCUUGGGUCCUGCUUGUGGGCCACUGGCUUGAUCCUGCAGGUUCUUCUUACAUCCUUUUACAGAAGCUUCCUCAGGGGCACAGUGCCUUCUCUGAACAGAGGGACACAACUGGAUAUAACCCAGAAUUCUGUGCCCAUGCAGUCCAAGUUGUAGGCUGUAAAACUCUCAGUUGUGUUAAGUGAGUAUGAGUUGACUGAUUCCUAUACAGACAUUAAAAAAAAACCUUACUUUACUGUACUACACAAUUAAUCCUGGUCAUUUUGUAUAAAAACUUUUUGACUUGUUAUCAGCCAGUAUAUGAUCUAUAGAACUCGGAGAAAUAUAUGAUAUUAAAGUGAGGAAUAUACGUAUCAGAAUUUUUGAGAGCACUUUUCUUUUCACGGCGACUUUUUUUUUUUUACUAGUUCUUCCAAUUAAAACUUUGGUAGAACUGCUGGGGCUGGAUAAAAUUGUUCUGUGGAUUGUAUCCAACAUACAUACUACAAGUGUUCCAUCUCUGACUUAAAAGAUUUGCAUAUAAAUAAGUAGAACUAGCUAGGUUAUAGAAUGCAGCUUUCCAAGAAUCACUCUGCACUUCAUUUAGCAAUGGUAUUUAUUGUGAGUAAUACCAGUGUUACAACUAUGUCUCCUGCAGUGAAUACACAAAAUCCUUAAACAUCUAUCUGCAUGCACCUAGGAGCCCUGAUUUGGCUUUGGUUCUCCAGUGCACAUAUAUAAAUGCGUCUUAUUCACACAAAAUGCUUGCUGGGGAAUGUACCAAACAUGAUUGCCUGUAGUAAACUUGGCAUCUUGGAAAGUAAAGGUUAAGCCAAUUGUAUUCCACUUUUUCUUUAUCAUCUUUGCUUCUCAGUACAGGAUUGUAGUUACUACUGAGGAGGAGGAGGAGGAGGAGGAGGAGGAGGAGGAGGAGGAAGAGGCAGGGAAGUGGGGAAGAAUGAGGCAGAGCAUACGGCAUGUAAUAUUUCUCUUCCUAUAUUCUUACCCUGCAGAACUCUUCCUUCUCUGUUCCAGAAUAGAAUUCCUGAAUAAUGUUCUGCAUCAGAGAGUUUUCUUUCUCUACUAAGCAACUUCAUCCAAUAUUUGUUUAUUUAUUUAGUUAUUGAACAUUCUGAACUGUCAUUUAUAAAAAAAAAUAUUCCGGGGCAUUUAUAAGCAAUCAGCGAAACACAAUUACAAUUGUAAAAUGUUGUACAAUAAAACAAUCAGAAUUUCCUAAAACACUCGUGAACAUUAGAGCAGUAGCUCCCACACAUCUGGAUCAGAGGAAUUGCUUCCAAGGUUAAAUAUACAAAUUCCAUGAUUAAUUGAUUUUCUCAUUUUAGAAAAUAAAUAAUGAGGCCCAGCCAUUACAUUAAGUUAGGUGUGGGUUUUGCAUCCCCAUGAUUCACUGUAUCAAAAUAGGUCAGUGUUAGGAAAUGGCACUUUAUUAUUUUGCACUGCCAGAUAGUUUGGGCCAGGCAAUAGAUAAAAGUCUUUGGUUAGAUUAAUGACCAAAGUCUUUAAUCUAAAAGUUUAGUUUAAAGCCUGUUUCCUGGUGCUCAUCCAUUAUUAGAUGCCAGUAGCAAUCCUUCUCAACUUCCAUAGGCAGGAUAACUACAUUGUCUUAUGACUGAAUCCACGGCUGUAAAGCAGGAUAAUGAAAAUGUUGCAAAAUAUAUGGAAUUUUCCGGUCUUUGGCUCAGCUGUGGCAGUCGCUCUGCUCACUGCGCUGCAUAGCACACUGGCCAUUUGUUGGCGAGUUCAUAUUUCACAUGGCAGGGAAUUGGGAAGACUAAGCAGACAGGAGAAGAGUUUUAUUUGCAAUAGCCUAUGUAUCCCUAGACUCUGAUUUGACAUUAAACAUCUGCUUCGUGAUCUGUUUCAAGGCCACUUCCCUUCCGCCAACAAAGGUUACGACUUCAGGCAAGCUGUGCUUUCCCUGGCAGGGGGAAAUUUGCCUGAAGUCUUGAUCUAGUCAGAAUUAAAGCACCCUGCCUUCAAAUCCUUUUUCAAUUAUUUUCAAGAGACUGACAGUAAAUGUAUCAAUACGGUACAUUUAAUUGGUAAACAAGGUCACUGCUUUGCUUAAUCCAUUGCUAAAACUUUUGUGACGAAUGUGCAGUGCUGUUGGGGAAAUUAUGAAUGUAGUUCUUAUUUAUAUUUAGGCAAUUGGACUGAUAUCCAUUCUGGUCUCUCAGGGCCUUUUGACAUUACAGAUGAAAACAAAAUAAGCAUGUGUAUUGGUUCUCAGCUGCUUACUUCCAGUUUGUUAAUUUAAUAAAUGUAGACUUGUAUUCAGAUGUUAGUCAACACACAUGCUCAAAGGUGAAAAAUUCAGCUCUUUGAAAUAAUCCAAUACAGCGUCUUUUUUGUGUAUGCAUGAUGGGAGCCUAAUUGCACAUUUCACUUGCAUUACACUAAAUGCACUUUGAGAGUUUGAUAAGGUUUCGUCUGAAGGACUGUCAUCUUGUUUCAUCCUGACAUACACAAAUUAAAUCCUGGUUUCCUGACUUUCAACAAUGGAGCUAUUCUUGACCUUUUAGUAAUGUGGGCUGUAUGUUAUCACCCACAUGAUUUACUGUUUUGGUACAAAGUCUGUAGCGCAUAUGGAUAUUCCUUUUCGUUUUAGAAUAUUUCCUCCAGCUUAAAAAAAGAAGAAGAGAGAAAGUAAUUGAAUAUUUGCAUAUCUCCAAGGAGCCAUGCGGGUUAAACUCCCGUAUUCGUCUUCUGCGGUUCUUAGGCCACUUUGGUUUAAGAAUAAGAGCUAUUGCUUUUAUGAAGUCCCUUUUUCUAUAAAGUCAAAACCUCACAGCGGUGCACAGAAAGCUAGUGGUAUAAAGGAGCUAAGUAGAGUCUUUAAUAGAGAGAGCUAGGUUGUAAGUGUUUUUGUUCCUACAGAGCAGAUAGAUUUAGCUCCAUCUGUUCCAUAUUCAUAACAAAGGAGAUCGCUUACAGGAGGGCUGACUUCCCAAAGUAGCAUAGUAAUAAUCUUUUCCCUUUUUUUCACUUCAGAAUGAAAGGGUAUGGUCACUUGAGUUCUGCAGAAAGAAGUGAGCACUUCAGACGGGCUCUUUUCCUGCAACUCAGUUUUAGGACAAACAUUCUUCCCGACAUGUUUAAAAUAAAAAGCCCUGUAUUCUCCCUGUAGGAAUUCAUUUGCAGAAUUGCUUGAAAAAUGUAGGCACAUUAGAAAGAAACAAAAAGUGAGCGUGGAGAGUUAUAUAGGAAUGUGUACAAGCAGUUCCUGGGUGAUGCCUCUUCUAGUUCUAAUAGUGUGGGUGUGCGCACUUUUACAAAGAAUACACUUUUUAAAAAUCAGGUAGAAAACUGAAGUGGAAAUCUGAGGUUCAUUGAAAAUGUGUGGAAUAUGUCUGCCAGCCUUUAACACUCUUUUAAAAAAAAAGCUAUAGUUGACCUUACAUUUUAUGGAUGCUCAGAUAAGUUGUUUAAUUGUUCUAUAAAACCUAAGGGAUGCCUUUUUGCUCAGACCAUGUGGUGGGCCGGACUAUAUUUGGGGUAAAAAAUGAAUGAAUUCCUAUACUCCACAAAUAACCCAGAGAUGCAUUUUAAAUAAAAGCACACAUUCUACUCAUGUAAAAACAUGCUGAUUCUUGGACUGUUCACGGGCCGGAUUGAGAAGGCAAUUGGGCCGCAUCUGGCCCCUGGGCCUUACGUUGCCUACCCCUGGGUUAGAAUAUGGAGGAGGUAUCUGUCCACCAGGCUCUGCUGUUGGAAAGGUCCCAGCUUAGCUUGCUCAAAGUGUAGUCAUUGAGAAGCUACUGCCGGUGGUAGCAAUGGUAGAGCUGCAAUAUAAGGUAUUGUGGAGCCAGGGUGGAGCAGAGCCAGACAUGAAUCCACUUUACCCUAGGAUUCUCCAUCCCUUUGAGGGGCCCAGUCCAGGCCUCUUAGCUGCACCUGCCAGGGGCUGGCACAGCAACAUAAAAAUAAAAAUUGCUCCCAUCUUCUGCCUUGGUUGAUGCAAGUAGCAGGGUUUGGGAUGCAGUGUCCAACCCACUGUUCCUCUGUACUCUUACCUGGGCUGAGUUAAAUUUGCUCUUUAAGGCUGGCAUUCUGUACACAUGGUUGUAUAGGUCCCAUUGAACUCAGUUGAAUUACUUCUGGGUAGACAUACCGUAUUUUUUGCUCUAGAAGACUCACUUUUUCCCUCCUAAAAAGUAAGGGGAAAUGUGUGUGUGUCUUAUGGAGCAAAUGCAGGCUGCGCAGCUAUCCCAGAAGCCAGAACAGCAAGAGGGAUCGCUGCUUUUGCUGCGCAGCGAUCCCUCUUGUUGUUCUGGCUUCUGAGAUUCUGCAUUUUUUUCUUCUUGUUUUCCUCCUCCAAAAACUAGGUGUGUCUUAUGGUCUGGUGCGUCUUAUAGAGCGAAAAUAUGGUAUGUAGGUUUUCGCAGUAAACUUUUAUUUUCUUAGACAUACUUUAGCUUAAGCACAGAAAUACUCUCCAAAAUGACACUAAUGUGAGUAAACAGAACAAUCAAGGAAACUUGGAACUGUGUCUUGUGAAUGUACAAAUGAAAAAAGAAAGAAAGAAAACCAUUGGCAUUUGUAUUGCAAAUUCAAGUAAGGCAAGCCAAGCAGGAAUGUGAAGACCAAAUUGCUGAGAAUUGGACAAUUUAUUUUUCUUCCCCAAAUAUGUUAAAAGUAGGGUGCUCGCUUCGGCAGCACAUAUACAAAUAUGUUAAAAGCAGGAAGCCAACGAGACAAGCAGUGGACAGUAAUGACAAAGGUGUAAGAGGAACAUUGACGAAGACAAGGAAAUUACACUGAAACUAAAUAAAUCAUCUGCAUUGGCCUUCCCUGAUCAAGAGAUAAGAACAUAUUUAGAAGUUUAGAACCAGUUCGCAAGUUAAGAUUUAAAAAACUGCUAAAGCCAGUGGGCAUGCAAUAGAGUUCUUAAAAAUAUCCAUUGUGGAAGAGUUUUUUAAACUAAAUUUUAUUAGAUAGAUAGAUAGAUAGAUAGAAGACAGACAUACAAUUACCUCUAAAUUUUCCUUCACAACAUGUUUCAAGAAGAGAGCAUCUACCAAGGUAUACACCCAGUUUAAUUUUUAGAGAGCAUUACUUAAUCUGCGUAUGUUAAGCAUAUUGUAGAAAAAGAACUUUUCCGAGGGAAAAUCAGCAUGACUUCAUUAAAGAAGUGCUGUUUGAUAGUGGGACAGACUACCUUAGAAGGUGGUGGACUCCUUCAUUGGAGGUUUUUAAACUGAAGUUAGAAGGCCAUUUGUCAUGGAUUCUUUAGCUGUGAUUCAUGGACUAGAUGACUCUCAAGAGUCCUUUCCAACUCUACAAUUCUAUUCUAAGACGAUUCAUGCGUUGCCAAUUGUUCAGAUUUCUUUGCUAUAUCAACAAUUAUUCAUUUUUUGCCAUUCUAUACUUUCAUUUAGCUUUUCAUAACAUAGAAGAUUAACAGUUGGAUCACAGGAUUGGCGCACCUUCACUACAAGGGAAGUCUGAACUGUUUGUUACCUUUUAGUCUAUAAAGACAGUGACCAGAGGAAAAGGUUCCUUCUCUUCUUAUAAUACUAGAACUUGGGUCACCCAUUGACAUUGAUUGGCUGUACAUUCAGGCAGGCAGUAAAAGUACUUCACACAAAUACAUAAUUUAUGGAAUUUGCUGCCACAAGAAGUAAGUAUGUUCAUUAGCUUAGAUGGCUUUAAAGCAGGAUUUUGACAAAUGCAUGAACAAUAUUUAUUGGGCUAUUAGCUAUUAUGAUUAAGUACCAUCAUAGACUACUGAAUAUGAGUUGCGAAGGCAUAACAGUGAUGAGAGCUAUUGGCUUCAUUCCCUUCUGGUGAGCUUCCUCAAGACAUAUGGCUUGCUGCUAAGAAAAAGGAUUCUGGACUAGAUUGCUCUGAUCCAGCUGAACUUGCACUUACCAUUUCCAGAACUGUUUUGGGGAUAGUGCUAUUUAAAUUAUUCAGGGUUGGAAGAAGUUAAGCUUGCAAAUUAUACCAAAUAAAUCAACUAGAUAUAAGUAGCCUAUUAAACUCUAGAAGAACCUCACAAAAUGGGGUUCCCUCUUGUGAGCUCAAAGUGUGCACAACAUGGGAAAGAGAGAAAGAGAGAUCACUGCCACAUACCCUAGGAUCUGAGUUGUAGUCUCCCUAUGUGAAGUAUAUUGGGUGCUGGGUUGAAAUGUAUCCUAUUGUCAGGGACUGGGCAGAGGAGUAAUGGUGGAGACCCCCUCCUCCCCAGCCUGAACCUUCCAGGGAAGAGAAAGACAGCAUAGAUUUACAACAGUGGUUUGCAGGAAGUCACAGCUCAGAGGUAGAUGAGGGGCAAAGUUGAGAAAUAAUGGAAGAAGAGGAGGGGAAGGCAGAGCCAGAGCAGUUGGCGGCCACAUUAUCACUAGAAAGCAUUCCAGACCCCCCCCCCUUCUCCCAGAACCUGGCGAGCAUUGAAAGUAGAAGAGCAAAGGGCUCAAAGACAAAAGGCCCUAAGCGGCCACCAUAAGGUGGGUGGUGCUGUUGACGAUUGAGGUGAGAUGGGGGGGUGGAGAUUACUCCAAGAGGCUGCAUUUCUUAGCCUCUCUCUGUGAAUAUUGAAUAAAAGACCUUGGUAAGAACUUUCCCUGUCUUAUCUAUUGCCGGCAGCCUACCUUGGGGGGAUUGGAUUCCCUGACACCUAUGAUCUGUCAUGGUAUUGAGGGUCAGCAGUGCAGGAGUAGAAUUGUGCCAGAUUCAAGCUUGUAUAAAGUUGUGUUGUCAAUUGGGUGUAAGUUUAUACAACUCCUGUACAGUGAGUAUAGUGGAAGUGUACAUCCUACUCAUGACUUCAUCUUGUUUUAGCCACUCCAUUGGGAAGUCUGGGCAGCACUCCUGAUAUAUUUGUCAUGGUGGUGCAUCUUCUGUUCCAUUAGCAAAAUGAUGCCAAAUCCUACAACCUGUACACUGGUAUAACACAGCAGUAGGAUUGCUGUUAACUGCUCUGCUUUAACUGAUUAUGCACUUGGUAGUUGUAGAUAUAGGCAAAAUGUUAUCAGAAUUCACCUUGUGAACUAAGAAAUGGUUUCUGAGUUGCUUACAAUUUUAAUCUAUGAAAGUGAAAGUUUAUAAUGGUGGGGAAGCCACUGGUCAUUAUUAUAAUCAAACAAUCAACAGAUUGAGUUAAACAGAAAGCAUUGAUUUAUCAAGUACAGAAAUAUAAUCUUAACCCUAGCAAAUUGCAUGAUAGCACACAUGAUAAGGAUUUGCUGUUACUAAUGUGACAAUGAUAUGUCCAUCAGUUGAUUUAGUCCUAUCUUGUCUAGAGAUGAAAUUAAUUAAAAUUGAGUUAUUAUUUCUUUGGAUUAGCAUUUCAUUUUUAAAAUGAAAAAAAAUGUGUACCUUUAUGCACUGUUAAUAGAUUGAAAUAACUUGACAGUUAUCUAACUACGUUUCUGAUUCUGGGACAUUAUAAGUCACACUGUCAUUGAAAUGUUCCAGUGGAAGUGUAAAAUUAGAGACCUACGUCAUAUAUCCCCUGGGCAUUUAAUUCCUGUAGUAGCUCAACAGUGUGAGUUCUUCCAGUACGCUGAUAAUGUUGCUUGUGAACCAGCCCUUGGAGGUGAGCAAGCCCUCAUCUCCGAGGGCCAAUCACAGAAGUGGGAGCUCAGGAGCCAUUAACACACAUACACAGAAAUACAGUCAGCACACACACAAUUUCCAAAGAAAAGAGUUGCAGUAUGCCCUGUAUACCAACUGGCCCAUGGAAACCAAACCCACUGUUUGGUGGGCUGGGAAGGAGUCAGUAUGUCCCUCCCCAGCACCUACCGGUACUCACCCACAAUAAUUCCAGUAAUGUCCUGCCUGCCAAACACUUGAGGGGAUUCAUCUGUCUCUACACAUGCAAAUCAGCCCCUCAAGUGUUUGAUGGACUGAGAUAGUACAGUUGUGUUGGGGGAUAUAGCUAUGUCCUUCCCCAGUGCAUUCUUUCCAACAUUAUCACCCUGAGGGGGUUCCCAGGGGAUGGGAAUGCAGUGUGGCACCAAUGGUGGGCUACACAAAAGGCUUCCGAGGGCUGCAUUCAAGCCAUGAGAUGCCCACAUGUGCACUAGACAAUCUACCAUUUGUGGGAUCAUCUUAAAGGAUAGUCCUGGUUGCUGGUGGGCCCACAACACAGUUCCCCCCCUCCCUGGUGUGGGGGGAGUGAUGCCCUUUAUGCCAGGGUGGCACCACAAUCACCCCAGGCCUCUUUUGGCCAAUCGUGAUUGAGUGCGGUGAUCGUGGGGGGGGGUAUGAAAGCGGUAGCACGACGUGUGCUGAGCACCUGCUUCGCACUGCCGAACACCCACCCACCCCACCCUCCCUUUUGUUUUAGGUGCCCUCUGGCCUUGCUUUGGUUGGUCGCCUGUCUUGGGACGGGGGGGCGGGUAGGAAUUUUUCCAUUUGGCAGAUUGGCACUGGCCACUUGGUUUUCGCCUACCUCUUAGCAAUCGCUACAACUUCGUAAGGUUUGGCAGUUAGGCAUUGGCUUAUUGAUGUGGGGGGAGGGGAGGUCGGCCAUCACCUGCCCCUCCAUGUUCAAGGGUAUUCCGAUAAAGGAAUCCAGGGCCUGGAUCCUGUCCGAAGUCCGCUUGAGGGGCUAGGGCCAUGCCAGGCCUCUGGGAACACCGAGGAGAGCUGCAGGCGGGUUCCCCCAAUGUGGCUUCCUCUUUGGGUGGUUUACCCUCCCUGACUCCCUGCAAGGUGGGCAGGAGUCAGAUAGAGUCUAUUGCCAAUGCCUAAGCAAAUACCGCUCACAUUUGCUGUAAUCAAUAAAGUUGUGGCCUAAAUUUUGCCCAUUAACCUUAAACCAAAAUCUGUGUCUGUGUGAAUUUAUUUUUUCUGGGGGGCUGGCUUGGGGGCCUUGACACGCAAUACUCAAUUUAUGCUGUUGAUGUGGUAGGGGGGAGGGGAUUGCGCUGCUCCUCUGCCAUGUGAAUUAAGCACCUACCCCAUGGGAUGUAUGAGCUGGGGUAUUUGCUGUCUUUAUGCUCCACCCUUAAGGCAUGUGAGUUCUGUUUUGUGUUUCAUUCUAUGUUCGUGCUGAAACACCAACAAAUGUAUCUUAGGGGACUUUCACCACACCCCUCUUUCAGAAGAGAGGAGGCAGUUUCUCCUCAGGUAUAAGCACUGCAGUGGAACAUAGUUGCAUGGCACAUUUAGUAUCCCCGUAUCAAAGCUAAUGAAGGCAGAUAAAUCAGUUUCCCAUGUGCAUGUGAGUGUUUGUGGGAAGGGUGUUACUGGUUUGUUUGUUUCAUUUAAUUAUGUAUUUUGUGUUCUCAUUUUUAUGUUGUAGACCACCCUGUGAUUUUUGGAUGAAAGGGAGUGCACAUAUUUAAUAAAUUAAUCAUCAUUAUUAGUAGUAGUAAAUGCAUUACUUAUUAAAACAUUUUUUUCAAUUAACAUUGUCAGGCAGAUGUUCUACCAAUGCUUUUGCAUUUUUCUCAGUAGUUGUUAGAGCUGUAUCAUCUGCAGCUGGCAUCCUCCUGUCUCUUGCUUCAAGACAUUCAAAAUCUUCCGCUUUGUCAGUAGCUUGACCCUGUUGAUGAUUAAAUGUAGAGAUAUGGCAGACUAGGUGAGAUCAAAUGUUGCCAGCAAGUUGAGUCACCUCCUACGGCUAUGUAGGAAAGCAAUUUACUCAGGAUGCAUGCUUGAUAAAGCAAGUUUCAAGAAUGAGCAAGUAAUGAAUGUACAAGACUUAAGUCUCUAUGAGCGGUCAGAUUUAGACACAACUGGACAAUUAAUUCUUGGGUUGGAAAUGAGAAUCAAUAUAUGGUGAUCCAGAUAAAUCUUUAAAGCGUGCAGAUUUCUGAGGGAUGGAGCUUUCUUUGUGGGUAGAAAUACUCUGCCUUACGAUUUUUAAUUUUGUAAAAAAUAGUUUCCAUGUACAGAAUUCCUUUUGUAAGUGUAUCAUACUCAUACUUACUUUUUGUUGGUUCAUUAAAUUUCCGUAGACCUUUUCAAUAGUGUCUAUGUAAAUGUGAAACUUUUUUCAGUUUGCAUUGUGAGAAGAAUAUUAAUGCUUAAUACUGCAUUUACCUGGCUAAUCUACAUACAUUUGUGUUGUACUGUAAAUCACACUAAAUCCUACAGGGGAAAGGCUCAGCUCUGCUAACAACUAAUAGGCUCUCUUUUCUUUUGACUCCCACAAAUUGAGAAAUAUUGCCCAUGGCAAACAUAAUGGGAAACUGCAUUUUUAAUGCUCCCACACAAACUCAUUUCUUUACAAAGGAGGAAGCAGAUGGCGCUUCUUAAAAAUGAAACUUCCCAAAUCUCUGGGGCUGACACAGAGUAUUGGAAAUUUUUUGGUGCUUCUGGCUAUCAGAAUUAAGAUUUGAGGGUUAUAUAAGGUUAUGUGGAUCUUGGAUUUGACUAAUGUCAAUGGUAUUGUGCUUGAAAUGGCUAAAGGCAAAUCAUUGCUAUAAAUACUUUUUUCACACACCCCAAAGAGCUUGUCGUUAUAACUUAGGCAGAAAACUGCCUGAACAUCCUUUUCAGACUUGCUUGUAGUGGGAUAGAGUUGGCUCUGUUCUUGUGUUUGCGCCUUCAAAGUUUGCAGACUGACUAGGACCGCUUGACUGGUUUUUGUGACUUCUGGGUAUCUAUUCCAGUCUUGUAGACAGCUAUUUUUUAGAAUGACAAGAGAGAGAAAAAUCUCAUGGUUCAGAUUUCACUCUCCCAGCAUGGAAUGACAUCCUAAUGGAGCUAAUAAUUCUGCAUGGUUAUUUUAAGAUGAAGCAGGUGCUUCUAGGUCAGUUUCACCAUUCAACACGUUGGGUUUACAUCUGGCCUGUGACACUACACCAAACAGGGAAUAAUAGGGAGCCCUUAAGAUUAGCUGUUCAGUAGUGCAAAUUGUUUGCAGCAGAUGUACAAAGAAAAGACAAAAGCAGAAUUCAGUAAGCAAUAUACAGUAAUGAUUAACAACAUAAUGAACAAAUUGAAUUGUCUGUGCCAGUGUUUCACAGAAGAGUAACUUAGUAUGAUCUCUCUUCACGAAACAUUCUUACAAUAGGACCUGGGUAUACAAAAGAGUAAGAAAGUGUUGCUCAAAGUUUCUUGCAAGCAAGUUAUCUUGGAAUGAGGAAACUGCUUAAGCAAAUACAGUAUGUGCUGUUUAAGAGCAGGUGCUGUACUUAUUAUCUUCUAAGCAGAUGCAAGUUAUACAGAGGGGCAGAAAAAUAUCUCUGACUAUCCCUUGACAUCCACUUAUCUUCAUCACUAGCUUUGCUAGUGCCUAAAAGGCCAGAAAGACACUACUUCUAUUUUGUACCUAUGCUAGUUUUACAGAGUUUCAAUAGAGCUGAUUUCCCCCAUCCAGCUUAGUCAAAAGAAAGUCUCCGUUAUUACUCAUUAGGCUUGUCAAAUAUAGCGACUGAUAGUUAAUGUUUUCAGUUGGAGAUAGGCCUGCUGAACUGGAUGAUUCUCUGGGCCCCUUCCAGGUCUACAAUUUUAUUAUUCUAUAUGAACUGUUGUUGUUGUUGUUUAGUCGUUUAGUCGUGUCCGACUCUUCGUGACCCCAUGGACCAGAGCACGCCAGGCACUCCUGUCUUCCACUGCCUCCCGCAGUUUGGUCAGACUCAUGUUUGUAGCUUCAAGAAAACUGUCAACCAUCUCGUCCUCUGUCAUCCCCUUCUUCUUGUGCCCUCCAUCUUUCCCAACAUCAGGGUCUAUUCCAGGGAGUCUUCUCUUCUCAUGAGGUGGCCAAAGUAUUGGAGCCUCAGCUUCAGGAUCUGUCCUUCCAGUGAGCACUCAGGGCUGAUUUCCUUAAGAAUCUAUCUAUCUAGGUUAUCUAGGUCUAUCUAUCUAUCUAGGUUUGCCAUCGCCUUUCUAUAUGAACUAGGGAAGAUUUAAAAAGUAGCUUCGGAAGAACCAGAUAGCCCUUUUCCAGACAAUGGGAACGGAAAUCUUGAUUCACCCUAAAGUUCUUUUUCUUGUUUUCUCUUGUAGAAAAAUGAUUGUUGUAAAAAAAAAAACUUGAGAAAUCAGGAUUUUAGUGUGACUGGGUGUAUGCAGCCCAAGGCAAAAGGUAGCAACAAGAGACAGGAAUUCAUGAAAGGAAUUGAAUGCCAUGCUAAGGCGAUUGAUCCAUUGAUGCAAGCAUGCUGGCUUGCCAGAUGGAUCAAUCCUUCCCUCCUUCCCCCCACAUGUUGUUCCAGGGGUUCUCCUGAGCCCUUGCAAAAUCAAUUGAGAGGGUGACACAGGGAGAAGGGAGGGGGAAAGCCCCAUUGAAAGGGGAAGUUUUUGCACAGGGCUGCUGCUGCUGAAACUCAUUAGUUGAAUCCCCCUGUGUGUUCUUUCUAACUCCAAUUUAAUUUCAUGCAAGAAGUGUAUCCCCCCCCCUUGUAAACAAUAAACAUUUUUCUUGCCAAUGCAAAUGUAAAUAAAGUGCACCAUUAAUAUACCCAUAUUGUGGGUGUGUGCAACAUUGUACUUGAGAAAGUGUGAUUCAGGAAGCACAAUGGGGAAAGGGUGUGGUGUGAUUAAUUGCUUUCUUGCCUGUUGAGGAGAGGGAAUUGGGGGACUUAAAUAGGUAUAUCCAUGUCAAAGAGUCAAAUUAUUGUUAUUUCAAAAAGAAGAAAGAAAGAAAGAAAGAAAGAAAGAAAGAAAGAAAGAAAGAAAGAAAGAAAAAAAGAAAGACUGUUUGCUAUAGUAUUAGCUCCUUGCUUUUAAACUGUUUAUCAAUGCAUGGGCAUUUGAGCCUUGACUGAACAUCUUAAAUCUGCUUUGACUCUGACCAGCCCCAUCCUACCUGAAAUAUCAUGUCUGGUAUUGUAUUGAAUGUAGGUUGUUAGCCUAAGAUCAAUUUGAUGAAAGCUGUUCAGUAACAUAACUGGUUUGCAAUUAACAAAACCUCAGUUCUUUGCAUGAUUUAGGGUUGGCAUUGUGGGAGAGCAGGGCUCUUCUGUGAUAACAGCUGUGUGGCAGGCAGGAGUUCAACAGAUUAAGGCUUUUUAGCAUGGAAAGACAAUUAUGGUGAAAGCUUCCAUUGAUGGCAUUCUGUCUUUUAAGACAUCUGAUUGCUUGUGUGUAGCCACUUUGUAUUUCAUUGUUUCUAAAUUUGCAUAUGUCUUUAAAUUAGCAUGUGCACAUUUAUACUUUAUUUUGAGGGUGAGGUGUCUGGCUAAAUUGACAUGCAGAAGAUCCGUGUUAGCACCCCUGAUUGCAGAUGUACCUUGAAUUCACUAAUCAGUAAGGGUUCAUAGACGGAAUCAGUGCUUGCUCAGGUUCUGAAUACUUAAUAAAGGUAGAGAUCAGUUAAUUUGUCAAGAUACUGUUUUUCUGAUUAGAAAAGUUUAGCAUCUGCUAGUAUUUUGGAAUGUGGAUUAGCAAUGCCUGGUAGUGGUUUAAUUUUUGUGGAUUGCUUAAUGCAUUUUAAAUGCAAUUAUUGUAGCUUUGUUUCAAAGUAAAAGAAGAACAAAGCAAGCAAGAAACUCAAAAUCACCCUGCUCAAGUUACUAAAGAGAUAUCAAUCUUAUUCUUGGUACCUGACAUCAUUCAGAGUGAAAGGGGUCUGCAUUUAUUCUUGGGGAUACACUCUGUGAAAAGUAGUAACAAACAAACAAACAAACAAACAAACAAACAAACACUGAGCUCGUCAGGAGUGUGUGAAUGAAUGCAAAACUAGUAUUUGGGCAUGAAAGAGUAGAACUAUCCCAUGAUAUGCAGAGGCAAAGCUACCAUAUAAGCACUAAUCUGUCAGCAGUUUGUGCAUUUUCUCCCUUUAGUUGUGGUAAAACUGGUUAUAAUCAUAAAGAGAGCAGAUGGAAACGAUUGCCUUUCUGUUUUAUUAGAGGAAAAAAUACACCAGGUAUUUUUUGGCCGUAGGAUAGCAAAAUCCAUGCUGCCUUUAUUUUGCAAAGGCAAAUAAUAGCUUCCAAAGUAAGAGCAUAAAACUGACAUCCUGCCUUUGAGUAUGUAGGCUGUCAUUUGUAAAAAUCAAUUAAAAGUCUGGAUGGAGCAGGAAAUAAUCAAAUACUCAUUUUUGCUUAGGCUAACAGGGCAAGCAAAUUUGCUUGUUAGGUAAGGAAUACAGUAUUCCGAUUUUGUUAAGCAUCCUGUCCUGUCUUGAGAAGGAUUUGUAUAUUCAUCAGGGACCACAGGAAGGACACGGUUUCCUGGAUGCCCCUACAGAGUGCAAUGCAGUGCCCUGUAACACAUCAGUUACUGUAAAUGUCAGUAGAGAGAGGGUUGCUGGUUGUUUUUUUUACCAACUUUGAUUUAGUGAGAGCCUACGGCCAAGCCAGCUGUUAGCACUUCUUAACUGCUUGUCAGUGAGUACCAGGCAGAGCAGGAAAGCAUCAUUGCUGUUCAGUUUUGUUUUGUGAUUAAAAGAGGUAGGCAGGCACUUCUAACAAGUGCUGGCUUACUCUAUUUGAACUGCCACCCCCUCUUUCUCUUGUGUUCCUCCCUUCCCUCCUUGAACUUGCCACUUCCCCCCAGAAAAUAUGCCUUGGAAACAAUGACUCAAAGUCUGAAGGAGCCGGUUCAUAAUUCUUUUACCGUCUACAUCUGCAUAUAUCAAUAAUGAAGAUGCAGUAAAUUAAUGUCUACCUAUAAUCAACUAUACAAAGGAGCAGCAGAUUGAAUAAGGGCAUCAUGCAUGCUCAAUGAAAACAAAAUUAUCAAAGUUAGCAUCUUCUGAGAUCGUGGAAGCACUUGGAAUAUGCUCUGGAACAAGAACACUUGCUUAAUAAAGCCACACGUAUUUUUUUAAGCAAGUCUUCCCAAAGUCCCUAUAAGCCCCACUUACCUUGAGGCUUAGUGUGUUGGUUAUUGGCUGGCUGUGUACACAAACCACUAAUCUCUUUUUGUCAUCGAGCUCCAGUUCAAGUCUGUCACAAAUACUAUCCCUCGGUGCCUUUUACCAGCGCCUUAUCACAAAGGCCUUUUUUUAGCACCAGUCUCGUGGGCGCUGUCUGCCGAACCCUCUCCAAGCCAGCUGUCUAGUACAGGGCAGUUGGAUUCUUUGCAGCAUCCAUAAUCAAACAAAUGGAUUGUUUUCAUAAUACCCACCACCAAGCUCUUCACUCACCUGGGCUUUUCUCCUUUCAUUUACUGCAUUUCUUUACAGCAUUAUAAAAUCAACAGCAGCGGUUAAUUAUGUAGCACAAUCAGUACGACACUUAUCUUCAUCCAGUGUUAUAUCCUCAAAUAAUAAUAUACCUGUUGGUGGACAGACUGACAUCUGGAUGUGCUACAAACCAUGAUUCCAUUUCCCUGUGGUGCAUGGUCAUAUGACUAAAAACGUGCACAUUUGGACCACUCAAUGAGUCGUAUGACCUACCUCAUGCGUUAAUUUAGAGGCAAACCAAUUUCCACAUCAAUGCAUAUAAUUACAGUGGUACCUCGGGUUACACACGCUUCAGGUUACAUAUGCUUCAGGUUACACACUCCACUAAGCCAGAAAUAGUGCUUCAGGUUAAGAACUUUGCUUCAGGAUAAAAACAGAAAUCGGGCUCUGGCGGCGUGGCGGCAGCAGGAGGCCUCAUUAGCUAAAGUGGUGCUUCAGGUUAAGAACAGUUUCAGGUUAAGUACGGACCUCCGGAAUGAAUUAAGUACUUAACCCGAGGUACCACUGUAUUAGCAGUUCAUGAUUCCUGAAAGCAGAUUCGUGAUUUGCUGAAAGCAGGAAUUUCAUAAAUGUAGCAGUUUCCAGUGUUUAAACGACAUCACAUGAUUACCCCCUAGAACCAGUAAUGAAGAAAUGAAACACUUUUAUUGAGGUGAAGAAGGACCACAGUUUUAGUAACUUUAUAAUCAGAAUCUUCAACAGUUAACUGGCUUUUCUUAAUACAGGUGACUCCCCACUUAUGUGGGGGUUACGUUCCAGCCCCCACCCCACAUAAGCAAAAUGAGAGUAAGUGGGGAGCCUACUGCAGUACAUACAGAUUCCAGCCGAACAGCUGUUGAGCGGGGUAGCACAGCAGCAGCAGCAAGAGCUCCCAUGUGCCAUUUUGGAGCCUGGACCUUUGGCUUACUGGCAUCCUGUUCUGACUCUGGGGAAGGUAUCCUUGUGAGCUACAAGGAUUUUCUAGCUCUCUUUAGCCAUUUCAGCUUAGGAUUGAUUGAUUGAUUGAUUGAUUGAUUGAUUGAUUGAUUUCCUGGUGCAACGCGUAUAUGCAGUCGUACGAGAGUUGAUUGCGCACAAGUGGGGCCAGAUGUCUGUACUACAUUCCCAGCCCCAGUGGAAGUAACUAUUUGCUCUGUGGCAACGCACACCAUUUUAGUGCAAGCCUCAGCCCAAAGUUCAGGGCAAGUUCAUCCUGGCUUUUGCAUCUCUUUGCCACAGUGCAGACAUAUUUUACACUUAUUUGGAUCAUGGUGUUUCUUGGAUACAGAGCUCCUGUGACCUGAACUCCAAUCUCAGUGUGUUCCUGCUGUUUGAGGAGAAAUACUUUGUCUAGGUCUCCUUCUCACUGUGGCACCUCUCUCUGGAGGGUCGGAGAACUCCUUGUAACAGUGUGGGAGAGAGCAUGGGGCGGGGGGAAUUCUGGCGGAAGAAGGAGUACAGUGGUACCUUGGGUUACAUAUGCUUCAGGUUACAUACACUUCAGGUUACAGACUCCGCUAACCCAGAAAUAGUACCUCGGGUUAAGAACUUUGCUUCAGGAUGAGAACACAAAGCGUGCUCUGGUGGCACGGUGGUAGUGGGAGGCCCCAUUAGCUAAAGUGGUGCUUCAGGUUAAGAACAGUUUCAGGUUAAGAACAGACCUCUGAAACUAAUUAAUUUCUUAACCCGAGGUACCACUGUAUAUUAAAUUCAGCCAGGAAGAGGCUCCGCUGGAAUAGAUUGCAGUCCCUUCUGUGAAUGGAAGGAGUUCUUCCAUUCAUCCAGCCCCAUACCAGUAGUUCUUGAAAAAUAUACUCAGUAGCAGCAGAAAAAAAUGAUUCCCAUUAGAAUUUUUAAGUCACUGCAGCUUUCAGGUAGUUAUUAUUUAGUAUGUUAGCAUGUGAAAAUGAUUUUCUGCAUCCACCUUACUACAUCAAAAGUGGCCAUGCAGACUGGCUCUUAGAACCAAUUUGUAGAAGCAAGCUGGGUUGUUGUUGUUGUUGCUGCUGCUGCUUCUGCUGUUGCUGUGGUUGUUGUUGUUGGCCUGAGUCUUAUUGGGGUUCAAGGGUAGAGUCUGGUGGGUGGGUUCUGUGGCUUCUUACUUUGCACAGUUGUUAUGCCACUCUUUCUUUUGCAAAAAGAGCAGUGGCGUGGCCUUGAAGCUUCAGUUUAUUGCUAUUCAGACUGCCCCAUAUCAUCUACUUUCUUCCUUUUUUAAUGUGCUGCAGAUGUGUUAUCUUAGGAAAAGAAGAAUGUACUACAUUAUGUCUGUAGGACAAAGAGUAACUAUGCUUCCUCCCCCUUCUCUUCAACAGCAUCUGCAAUCCCUGAUAAUGGGAGGAGGUCCUGUCUAAAGCUGAAAGUCUUUGUACGGCCUGCAAGUAAGUUAUUUAGAUCUUGCUUAGAGGGUGGCUUAAUAGCACAUGCUUUGUUUGGUCUGUUAAACAGCAGUAAAAACUUCUUUUUUUACUCUUGAAUCCUGUGUGGUAUCUGUUCUAUAUAGCGGCUUUUUUGUUUUUGUUUUCACCAUAUCUUUUUUAUCAUUUUUCACAAAGCUUUUACUCUUAUUUGUUUCAAGUACACAGCAGUUGCUAACUUGUUGUUUCUUAGACUGUUGUACAAAAAGACAAUUAUUGUGGCAUUUGGAAGUAUGCCACAACUAAGAGAUACGUACAUAUAAUAGAAAUAGAAAUAGAAAUCACAUAGAGCAACAACAACAACAAAAAGGAAAAUGGGGGAUUUAAGGGUGUCUCACUAACAUAUUUGGCUGUUAUCUCUAUUUUUGUUAUAGACAACUGUAUGAAAACUAUAGGUGUUCAUGACCGUGUUUUCGAUGUUAACGACAAAGUAGAAAAUUCAUUAGAACCAGCAGGUUAGUAUGCUUAGAGAAUCUCUUUUAACAAAUGCCUCUAUCCUCUGGUGCGCCUGCUUCUCUUCCCUUCUUUCUCUCUGCAUAGUUUGCAUGGUAAAAUGACUCUGCUUUUACUCAUUUCCCGCAAUGCUAAUAUUGUUUAUGGUGUUUCUCAUUUGCUAGCGCUAGUAUUCUUGUCCAAUGGAUGGGAGGCAAAGUAUGCUUUUUCCAUGACAAAUUAUUUACUCAAACAUGGCAUCCCAAUUUUUUAAAAAAUAGCAGUUCCUCUGUCCCCAUUCCCACCCCAUUUUUGCAGUAAGUUGCCGCAACACCACAGUAUCCAUUCAGGACAUAAAUAAUUAAGAGAGCAAAUGUGUGUGUGUGUGUGUUUAUAUACUUUCGAUAUUGUUUACAUGUUUACACAUCUAUGUAUUUAGAAGCAUUUAAAGCAGUGGUUUCCCUGCCCACAACAAGCAAUUGACCAUAACAUCAUUGAUAGGUCAGUUGUCCAAUGGGUGGACAGAAUCUUAUAAAUUUAAUAAAGCUACCUUUCCAAAAGUGUCACGUUUUGAUCUAUAUGGUAGAACAAAUAUACAAUAAGUUCUACUGGUUAAAAUCAAAAUUAUUUCAGGCUUUAAAAUGAGAACAAUGGCUGUAUAUCAUUCUGUACCUUUAAACUAAUAGCAUAUGUGAAAGACUUGUCUACAAGUGUUCAUAAAGAUCCUUGAGCAAAUGAGUAUUACUAUUCAGGCUGAUCUCGAUGGGAAUAUAUCUGUAUGCUUUAAAAGACUGCCUGCAGUACAAAUGCUUUCAUAAAUAUGAAUAAGAUAUACAUACACUUGGAAGUUUUGCUCUGUAAAUUUAGAGUGCAAUCUUGUUAAUUAAAUGUUUUUAAAUUUCUUUGAUUCAAUGGGAUUGAGUUAAGCCUAAACAGAACUGUCCCCAUUGAAACCAAUGUACAUAAUUAUAGCUGGAGCUCAUUAAAAUAUGCAUCUCUAUAGAUGUUUUAUGUGUGCAUGGAUUUAUAUAUGCACUCUGCCAACUAAAUAUAUGUAAACUCUUUUUUUCAAAUAAUUACUUGCAAACACAUUUUUUUUGCAAUCCCAUCUGUAAUCAGUUACCUCAACACUAUUUUUUUCAGUUCUCUUUUUAUAGUGAAAAUAUUAAAGAACUUUUGAAAGCUAAACUGUCUACUGAACAUGAACGUGCCUGUGGACAUUGCUUUUACAUGAGAGAUUUUAAUCAUUAUCCAUUAAAUACAGAAUCUUAGAGUGAGCCUAUAUGGCUAGUUGAUAAUUGUAUUUGUAUUCCAGGCUGUGGGGUGGAAAAUUUAUUCUACCAUACUUGAGUAUACUCUUGCCCUGUAAAAGAAACAUAGUCUUAUCCUAAGGAACUAGGAAGUUUUAUUGGUCCCUAUCACAGAUAGUUAAUGAAGAGGCAACUGUUUGCAAGGGACAACUAUUUUGUGCUGUAUGUUCUAUUACUGAUUUGUCUCUAAGAGCCAGUGCAGAUAUAACACACCGGUCACUUAAUCAUUGUUAAGAGAUUAGAAGUGGCCCAUGGAAUUGCACAUUUUCCUUCCAGCCAUUGCUCCUUGCAUGUGAAUUCUCUGUUGUUGUUUUACCACAGUUGAUGCUAACUAGAAUAUCUCUUAACCAUGGUCUGCUAAGCAGCUUCUCCAUGUUUAAAUCUGAUGCUGAAGUCAGCUUUAACCGUGAUUAAAGAAGAAAAUGGAUUUUAUACACAAGAAGGAGUUUGGAAAGGCUUAGGUCUGCAUUGACUCAAGCGCACAAACAGCUCUAUAGUGACACCUAGUAGCAGAGCACGAGCAUUGCAACAGAACUUAUCAAAAAUCACAUUCUUUUGAAAGAUGGCUUUAUAUAUUUCCCAAAAACCUCAAAGGAAAAAUAAUAAUAUAAUCCCCACCCCGCACCACUGUGUCACAUUCCAAAAUUAUUUUAGUAGCUGAAAAGCAUAUUUGCUGAUGCUCUGCGCUUUGGUAAAUUUCCUUUUAAGCUCUGCCCCCUCAAAUUACAACGUAACGAGCUAUGUUCAGUCUGAUCAACAUAUCUACAAAUUAUGUCUCAUUUGUACAAGCUACCACAAGCCUUGAUUGGUAGCAAGCAUUAGGUCCUACAAACCAUGUCCUACUAUGACACCACAGUAAUGUACAUACACAUUUAUCAGUAUUGAAACAUAUAUUAACUUUUUUAAAAGGGUGAAUGAAAAGUUAUUUAUCUUUCACUUUCGAGUGCAUUUUAAGGCUCCAAAUUAUUCAUUGACUGCUGGAUAUCUAACUGCCACACACCUGACAUCACAUAUGAUGUCUGUUGUGUGGCAAGUGGGCAUGGGUUAGGGAAAACAGCCUCACAGGCCAAAUUGGGGCACAUGACAGACCUAAUUUUGCCUGGAGCCCAAUGGUUCUCUACCCCUGUGCUAGCAGAGAGUAGAAAUUCAGUGGGGGGACGGGACUUUUCAGUUGUCUCAAUGACUUCAUAGAGAAGAAUGAGAGAAUCAAGCUCCACCUUCCGUUAUCUGAGCCUUGUUUUUAAUCUGAGUUCUCUACAUUUUCCAUUUUUUCUUAACAGUUUUAAAGUAGCUGAACAUGCAUUUAUCUAUCCUUUCAGCUUUUGAAUAUGAGCUAAUCCAUUGUGAACAAUAGGUAGAACCUAAAAGCUUCAUUACCACCUCAUUCACUCACCAGAGGAGAAAGGACCCCUUGCCAUCAUUAUCCUGACAAAUUUGCCGAAGUCUGUUUAUCAAUGCAGAGUAAUUAUAGUGCAUUUAACUCCUGACACAGGACACAGGUGACAUUGGUUUUCAUCACGCUGGUAUAUCAGGGUGUUGCUGUUGUUUCACUCUUACAGCCAAAACCUUUGUGUUGGCUGGCUACUGUCCACCUUAUAUUUAAAGCAUUUAUUUAAAAAGACUACUACUUGCACUCACAAAUGAGAAUUUAAAUACUUUUAAAAAUGCUUUUAUCCUGUUUUAGAUGUCAUUUUUCCAUAAUGGAAGUUCCUUCGGCUGGAAUUUAUCAACUGUUUGAAACUUAAGCACAUAGGCGGCCCCAGAUGUACUAUGGCAGCUGCUCAAUUGCAAGGCAUUAUGAUUAAGAUACUACGUUAGACACAAAUGUGUUAUAACAAAGCAAAAUCAAACCAGUUCCAACACACACUUCUCAGUAUCGAUAAAGGCAAAAUACUUAUGCAAGAAGUUCAGUUUCCAUAAAAGUCUAGAACAGUUGCGUAUCAUUGUCAGUUUUAUCAGUGAGAAUGUUCCUCUUCUGAGCAUGAAGAUCCUAAAAUGCCUAGGAAUCUGUUUUGCAGAAGAGCAGCGAAACCAUGUUAAUGAGUCAUUAGCGUGUGGUAUCUAAACACAAUGCAAAAUGUUGGUAGAGUGAAGAAGAGUAGGUGGUGCAGGGAGAUGCCUAAAUGAAAAGCACAUUUACGCUGACGCAGAGGCUUCUUUUGCAUGAGAAAGUUUUCAUACAAUCAAAGCCUUCCUCCCACCUUUGAUGACAAGGUAGCUCCACCUCUGCAUCCCUGUUGCCGGUAUAGGGCAACAACAACAACUUUGAAGUUAAUGGAGAAGCCACAUUGCAGCAUGUACAGAGAUCUGGAGCAGGGCCAGCUCCCAUUCACAGAGUAUUUUCACAAGGUUGCCUGAGAAAAUAUUUGAUAUUAAUUCCCAGCUCACUAACAGUUUGCUAUUAACAUGCUGCUUCAUUAACAGGGACAGUCCCACUGAGUUUUGUUGCAUGCUGUCUAAACUGUGUACUAACAUGCUAGUAUUGUAGUGUACAUGUCUGGUUUGUGUGCUCUCCUUUUGUCUUUUACGUUUGGGGUGGGGACAAAGGCAGUUGCCCAGCAGUCAAAUUUUUUCUUUUAUAUUUUCCCCCACCAUUCCUGCAAAGUAACUUAAACAAAAAUUAGUUAAAAUCAGCCCAUUCCAAUUAAAAUAAGAUUUAAAAUGAAUAAAUAAAAAUAAGAGCAGCAGCCAAUUUAAUAACAUCAACCAGUAAUUGUAUACAGCAAUCUUCCAGGAAUUUAAUGCCAACUGAAACUUUGGCAACUGAAAUUUUAUUGCACCCAAAAAAUAACAUUGUAUGGGUUUGAAAUGAACCUAAAAAGCUGGCAGCCACCCACCUGACUUCCAAAGUUGGUUGUUCCCACAGUAAUAGAUAUUACUUGGGCAUCCACCUUGUUUACCUACCCAUCAUUGCUUAAUAAUUGGAAGUACAUCUAAUUUAUGGUUCCAUACACUUUGUACCAUAUCAAAAAUAAGGAGGAAACUGAAUAGUUGAAACUCAUAAUUCACAAAGUAAACAUUUUAAACUUUAUUUCUAGGGCAGUAAUUUCAGAGAGGGUCUACACCAGCAGUUUAAUCAACAAUAACAUGCUACCAUUGUGUUUAAAUUCAUGGUUUAUCUCUGUUUAGCUCUCUAAUAAAUCAUUAAGACAAGAUGGGCAACUUGACUUCAUUCUGCCUCCUAAAAUGUAGGAUGUGGCAGUACAUUGAAGAAGACAUCAUCAGCUCUCAUUCUCUAAUGUGAAUUAGUACUUCUAGGUGCUAGGGGUUUCCUGGAGAAGCUUUGAAGCAGAUAAUCUUGGUGGGCCCAUACAAUAUUAAAAAUGUGAGGGCUCCAAUAAGACCCCAUAAAAGAACAUAAGGACCAGGAUGUUUAAAAGUGAUUCCAUUUGAGUCUGCCCAUUCAUUAAGGUUACCUGGAGAAAAACUAUUCCCCAUCCAACCCAAAUCUGUGUUGCAUUUAGCCAGCAUGCAAGAGAGAACCUUCAAGAUGGCAUCUCUGAGGUUCUGAUACUCUCUAGCAAGAGUGAAUCUGCCUCUUUUCUGCUACCAGUGGGCGAAGACCUCUCUCUUGCAGCUGUCAUUUGACCCACUAAGUUUUUGGUUGUUGUUUUUUAAUAUUCCCAUUGUGGUUUUUGUAAAUUGUUCUUAAUCUUCCCAUUGUGGUUAUUUGUAAAUUGUUUCAUCUGCCAUUCUUAUCUUUGUCUUUUACCUGCCGUUAAUUUUGUAUUUUAUUAUGUUUCUAUUGUCUUGUUUUCAUCUUUUUUAAAACAGAAAAGCAGGGCUUAAAUGUUCGUGAUACAUCAAUAAAUAAACUCAUGCAUUCAGGAUCUGUUUUAUGACUAAAGUGAGAUUUUAAGCAUUGGAGUUGAAACCAGUGCCUUGCUUUUGCUAGCUUAAUUCAGAUGAAUCAACAAAUGAAUGCACUUUGAGUUUUUAAGUAACUUAUGAGCCAGUUCAGAAUGUGUUAAGUAUUUGGGAAAAAAAUUAAAAGUUCUUCUACCAUACUGGGGAUUUUACUCAGGGAUGCAAGUUCAUAAAACUUGCUUUAAAAAUUUAGCCUGAUGUAUCAUAUACAGUAUAGAGACUGUUUCGAAUCUGAACAUUUUUCUGACACCAUAAACUGAUCCAACUAGUAUGUCUGACAUAUUCAAUAAAAAUUAACAUGACUAAUAUUUUCUCUGUUAAGAAUAGCUGAUAUGUACCCUGAAAUUGCAUCUGACUUUUUGUGAUAUCAUUGAGAUGUGUUCAAAAGAGAAAUAGAAUAUUCUGCUCUACCUGUUUCACCACUAAUAGGUCUUGGCUUUCCUCAAAGUUUUAAUGUUGGUUAUUUUUCAUUAGCUGUAAUUCACCAAAAAUUGUAUUAAUUCCAUUCUGGUAUUCAGCAAAAAUCAGUGGUGGAGGUUUUUAUCAGCCCUUUAACAUUUUCCAUUGCAUAUAGUGACCCUGAUAAUGUCAGUAUCACUGUCCAAAUAUUUGACAAUUAAAGCUAUGUUCGUCAGUGAAAACCCAAUUUGAUUUUUUAGACCCACUGAGCUUGUUAAUAAUAAUAAUAAUAAUAAUAAUAAUAAUAAUAAUAAUUUUAUUUAUACCCCCAUCUGGCUGGUUUUCCCCAGCCAUUCUGGGCAGCUCCCAGCAAAAUAGUAAAAACACAAUAAAACAUCAAACUUCACUAACCAGGGCUGCCUUCAGGUGUUGAGUAACGUACAGUGUGUUAAUCUAAAGCUUUCAAAUAGGCAUGCUAUGAUUCUGGAAAAACAAAUUUGCUCAUAACUAUUUAGCAUCAGUAGUUUUAGAAUUAGAAUCACAACUCCAUUAGAGUUAAUAUUACAAACCACAAAUUCAGUACACUUAAAAGUCGCACACACAACUGCAUCCUUUACAGGCCUUUUCUGUUUUUAGUUCUUUUCUAUAUGAAUACUUACAGGGUUAAAAGCUUCAGUGCAAAUAGAAGCUAAUUAGUAUAAAUCAGUCUUGCUCAGUAUCGUCUACACCAGCUUUUCCCAACCUUGGCUCCCCAAUCCUUGGUCCUGCUAGCUAUGGAUGAUGGAAGUUUAAGUCCAACAAUAUCUGGGGACCCAAGGUUGGAAGAGGCUGGUCUACACCAAUUGGCAACAACUGUCCAGGAUUUUAGACAGAAGUCUUUUCUAGUCCUGUCUGGGUUGAACCUGGGACAUAACCCAUGCAAAGCCACAAGCUCAGCCACUGCGCUAUGACACGUCGAUACUUUCACGUAGGCCACCUGACUUGUUCCACUAUUGUGGUACUUAGGAUUUCUCUAACAUGCACCAGUAGUUAUGCACUUCCCAUCUCCUGAGCUUUUUAAAGGGUAAAACUAACAGAAUUGUCAUCUCCACACAAUAAGCCUAGCCUUCCAAUAAAAUGCAGUCUACUAAUUGUGCCGUGGAGAACAAGUGUUGUAUGAAUGGUAACAUACAGUUGAAGCACAUGCUGAUUUGGGGGUAAUGCAACUGGGACAGAGAUAUUAAUGCACAAGACUAUGCCAGGAAUUGAACACAUGCCCGGUAUUUCAGCUAGCAGCUUUUUGCUCACUUUGAUAGAGAGAGAAAUGUUUGUUGAAUGUGCAUCACAUGUGUAUAAAUGAUGGGGUGUUGUGGUUUUUAAAGCCCCACACAGUACAAAAUCUGAUUUUCUGUAUUGUACUGAAAUGCUGGAGCUGUAAUCUCGAGGCUCAUUAAAGAUGCAAUGCUUCAUUAGAAUUUGUGUGUUCUCCCCCCCCCCAUUUGAACAGAUGAUACCGUACAUGAGUCUGCUGAGCCGUCCCGUGGUGAGAACGCAGCACAGAGACCAAGGAUAUCCAGUCGGCUUUUGGCAACCCUCCUGUUCCUCCUGGCAAUGCUUUUGACGUUAUAG